GAAAGAGCGCUGUGCUGAAGCCAAUGUUUGUCGUCGAACUCCAGCAAAUAUGAGGAUGGAAAGAUAAUGGCCCACACUGAACAGGAGGACUGAAUGAUCAAUUUGCGUCUUUUUAUGAUGCAUUCAGAGAAAACAAAGCCCGGAGAAGAAACCCUGGACAGUGAGGAACAAAGGAUCACAUGUUGUUUUUGGACAUGUCCAACCAUCCCCACAUUAUCCUGAUUUACUGAAGAGGGGAUGGUUAUUGAGUCUGUUCUAAUAACUGACGAAAAUCAUUGGAUCAGACAUCUCCAUGGAGGAAUUACAGGAGACUUCUACCGUGUGCGCGCGCGCGCAGGGAUGCCGUAGCUCCACAUGAGCCGUGAUAGAUUGGAGUACUUUUAUGGAAAUUGCUUGGAAAUUUCAGCUCAGCUGAAAGAAAUCCGGGCAGCAAUAAUCCCACAGCACCACACACACAUAGAAGCCAGCGCCGGCGAUCUGUGUGUCUCUGCAAUAAGUGGCUGAUAAAAAGCAAUAAAUUCUCCAGAAUAAAUACAGUCAUCCGGCUGUGCGCUAUGGGCGACGAGGCGUCAAACUUCAGGGGCAGCAGCAGGACCGGUGUCUCAUCACCAAAAGCCAGGACUGGUGAGGAUCACGGCAAAACGGAGAUUCUGGGCUAAACUAAAAACCGAUUAACACAGAGAACAAUGAGAUUAACAAUUUUUGGAUAACUUAUAAGAUUAUCACUGUGACAGUUUUUGAUGUUAUUGAGAGACCAGGAUUCAGAUCUGCGCUGAGCUGGACUUGGUCACUUUGAUUUGUUCGCUCAGAAAUCAAGUGGCAGAAAGGGACAUGAGACGUUUUGUGUUUGAAGUCAAUGAAUACAGCCAUAGCAUUUAAUCAAUAAGUAGAGAGGGGGAUCUUCAUUUUUCAUUAUUUUUUUGCACUAUGAUGGAACCACCACCAUGCUCGAAGAAGAGCCUGUCACUGUCGCUCCCGGUUCCCCGGGAAGGACAGGCGACUCUAAAGCCUCCGCAGCAUCUCUGGAGGCAACCCCGGACCCCUAUCAAAAUCAAACACCGGGGCUAUUCCGACACCGACCGGCAUCACCACCGGCACAUGGAGCGCUCCGACGCCGUGGAUACGAGCGACAGACCAGGGCUGAAAAAGUCUCGGAUGUCCUGGCCAUCCUCCUUCCACGGGACCACAAACACAUCCAUUGGAAAUUGUGUCGGGAAUAAACGGUAGGCGAGAGAGUCGUAUGCAUUCCAAACACCCCAAUAAUAGCCCAUGACAGCCCACAAGGCAUAUGCGUAAACGGGGAGGGAGGAGGGGGUGCAUUUUAAUGAGUGCGUAAUAAUGCAGUGUGCCUGAAGGGUUAACUGAAAUGAAGCGCUUUCUACCGGGAGGCGGGACGCGUGGGUUUUCGGUGCUGAUGCGUUAUGCGUCUUUGGAUAGACUGUGUCAGAUGGGUAUGAAGCGCAAACCAGUCCGCCCACUCGAAACGCAGGAGCAGCAUCUGCAAAUACCAGUAACAUUUUACAGAGGGUCCACAUGUUCCACGCAGUUGAUAAGACACGCAAGGCCAGUCGUUUAAUGGCACCAAAGGUCUAGGAGGUGCGUUCGAGCGUGCAGCACUGAGAUAUUACCAUCAUGCGCACUCCACUCCGAUCCUUUAUCAGCUUAUUUGCAGAGGGAGGCUUUGGGCCCAAAUGUUAAACCCUCGUUUUAAAUACACGCACCCUCUUUGUACUGUGUUCAGGUGACCUCUGACCCCCCUGGUGUGCUUGAGAAGGUGGAUGUGGGGCAGAAAAUACCCUCUUUGACAAAGUUAUGAGGUCUUACAGGAGUGUCACACACAUGGUUUCAGACAGUCCCUUAUCGGUACUGCUCAGCUCUCUGAUCAGAUGUGACAGAGGAAAAUAAAUCACUGCAUUUGAGGGAGGACAGUCACAGAAAGUGGGGACUCAUACUGCAGAAUUAUAUACUAAACUCCACCAGCUAACAAAUCUUCCAGCACUUUAAUUAAAUUACACCAUGCAUGUUAAUCAUUCAGACUAGAUUAAAGGCAUUUCAUUAAGUGAUUCAUGGAACGAUACAAUUGUGAUACAAUUACUUUGUCCUUACACAACAAUGGCUCCAUUUAUCCUUUUAAGGAGACACGGUAAAUGCCACACCUGGUUAAACAUGGCAUCUUAAAAAUGUCAAAAAAGACAUUCAAAUCAUACAAAUAGGACUCGAGCUUGCUUCUAUUUAUGAAAGGGUUGUACACCUGUUCAGAGUCACGGCGGCUAUAAAUACGGCUUAUCCCUCCUCUGUCCUUUGUGUGACCCAAAGUCCCCUGAGAGUUAGUUUACAUUCUGGACUGUUCCUAUCAUCAUUUCAGUCACCGAUAAAUCCCAAAUGCGCUCCGUCCACAUGAGCAACACAUUAACCAGGGUGAUUAUUAGACUCGUACAACUGCUGAAUGUACAUUAGGUCUCGCAGGAACUGCAGGUUCCCGUAUUUUCUCUACUCUUGUUAUUAUUUGUUUUCUUUCCUACAUUUUUUUUUUAAAUGCCACAGACGGCCUUCCCUGCAGGCCCCUGGGAGAAGGGCCAACUCCAGCUGACUGGAGGAAGGGCUGAUUUGUAUUUUAGUCCUCCGGACACGCUCUGAGGCAGUCCAAUCUUUAGUGCAUUGGGACUGGCUCUGCCUGCCCUUCUCCUACUGUGGGUGGCAAACCAUGAGAGGCCAGAGAGAGAGAGGGAGAGAGGUAAUUUGAUUCCGACAGGCUCAGUUCUGAGAGUGAACCGAGCUGGCUCCAACUUACGUGUGUGUAAGUUGUACAUAUGUGUGUGUUUGCCUCAGUAAAUCCAUGAGGUGAUGUGUACGGUCUGAGGGUGUUUCUAUUACACACCGGUCAGGAAGGAGGGUGUUUGGUGGAUGAAUAUGUAUGCCAUGUGUGAUAGCUGAAUCCAGCAUGUGUGUCAGUAUGUGUUUGUGCGUGGAGGCAUUCGUGAGUGGGCUGUGUGCAGGUUAGUGUCUGACCUGUAGCCCCUUUGGAUUGUAAAAGGCCUUGUUUGAUCUGUUUUGAUUGGAGGUUAUGGGAAUUUCUGUAGUAUUUAUCUCAUUUUCAUUCCUCUCACAUACUGCACAUUCUGCCUCCUUACUUAUGUGCAGAAAAAGACUCCUUCCUAUUGGAUGCCCCAGCACUCAGAUGAUCCGUGUCUUUAGCUGAAGGCUAACUAGCACUGAGUUCGGCCUGUGAAGAAAACUAUGCACACAUCCUCUCCGAAGGCUCUCAUUUACAUGCGCUUAACGUCAGGGUAUAUUAACUCGCCAAACAAAUGACAGGCGUUAAGUAGAACUUGCCCCAAAGACUCGGCUUGUAUUGACAGUGUUCUCAAACAGAUGGUUGCAAGUAGAUUUAAGUGAAAACUCAACCUGACCCCAAAUAGUUUACAAGUCCUACAUUAAAUUAGUACAAAGACAACAUAUCAAACCUCAAAUUUUAAUACUGUUAUUGUAUAUAAGAAAAAUGAAUUUGAUGUCAGCAACAGGAUUCAAAAAAGUUGUGACGUGGAAAACAGAACACUUAUAAAGUUGUUCGAGAAACAUACAGCGCUCACCAAGGGCAGAGAAUCUGCAGUCUCCAGUUGUCUUUACUGGGAGAAAUGUGCUGCGAAUGCUUCAUCAAUUCACAUUUAAAACCAUAUGCAGAUGUCCAAAACAUGCACAAUAAUAAAAAUGCUCUGCAAAUGAAAUCACCUGCUGCAAAAUGCCUUUAAACAACAUUCACAACAAAUCUCCGGAAAAUACACAGACGUGCAAGGCCAGAAACACAAAAAACCAAGUACAACUGCAGAAGGUUGUCGCUGCAAAUUAAAACUUCCUAGCGACUCCCUAUGAGUGCCCCUGGCUGAGGGACACCAAGUUAUACAGCUCUAUUAUCAAACUGACUUCACACUAUGCCGCUAUUCAAUUCAGUCAAUAAUUUGAAUGCCUGGUCCUCCUCUCUGUCAGUCAACAGUAAAGCUGUUUCACUGACAGGGCUGUGGGGCUCUUCCUUUAAAAAGCUUCUGCAGUAUUUUACUUACUUUCUAAAGUUGUUUAUAGCUUUCCAUCAUUUAUGUUUUUGCAGUAUCUCUUUUGCUAUUGUUUGAGCUACAGUUGUCAUUUGUGUUUUCAACUAUCACCUGUUGCCCAUGUCUUUGAAUUUGAAUCAUUCAAUCAUUCAUGCUCCUUUAAUGAAAAUCAAUCAGGUUGUUGCGGUAGCCUUUGCCAGCCACUAGAGAAAUCAGUGCACCAAAUGAACCAGGCCAAAAAACUCAUACCGUGUGUGUCAUUGGAUGACUGAACUGCACUGAAAGCAGACAUCACUCUGUAGUGGAAAUCACCGCAACGGCUCACAAUUACUCCUGAAACCACUGUGUAUAAAUACAGGCAGUGGCUGCAUCGACAAAUGCAGAGAGGACACCGUGUAUAGACAUAAAUCAGAAAUUCUGAUGACUUGGCCUUUGCGCUAAAGGGUAGAGCAGAUGCCCUAAGGUAAGAAUGAGUUUACAGAUUCCGGAAGGCAGCAUUAAUGAUUAACAAGGUAUGCUGCAUCCAGACAACACCCUUUUCAGGAAAGACCUGGCAUAUUUCAGCAAGACAAGGACAAACCACAUGCUGCAUAUAUAUUACCACAAUAUGCAUCUGUAGUAGGAGAGUUUGAUACUAAAUUGGCCUGCCUGCUUUUCUUUCCUCAUCACCUUCUAAAAAACAACUGGAGCAUAACAAUUCAAAAGCCACUUUGGGAAUGAAUAAGAGCCCAAGCCCAGGUAUAAGACCUGUAUGUAUAUUCAUUACUUUUCGGGAAUUAUGUUUAAUAGGUCAUUACUGAAGAGCAAUGGUUGCCAUUAUCAGAAAAUUUCCAGACCUAUUAAACACAAUUCCCGAAAAGUAAAGUACAAAAUCCGGACAGUAUUAUGAAGAACCGGAGUUAGUAAAACAGCAGAAAGCAUAAAAUUUUACAUUACCUUUCAAAAAAACGAGUCGCGAGCUUGUUAAUAUCGUAAAAAAUGAAUGGCCGUCUAUGGGCGAUGCUAAGUGGCUCCACUACACGCUAACACCGGAAGUAAGCAGAAUGCAGAAGUGAGCAGAAGCAUUUGGACAUGCGCAGAGUUGUCUGAUUUCGCUAAAACAACCACAGAAGAAGAGUUGUAUUUACGCCUGUGCUGUCAACAAACCUAUAACAAUUCAGGAGUUUUCCCCCUGUUAAAUGUUGUCACUAGAUGGCGCCCUUGCUCACUUAUUUUACUGUACUGUCAAAGGGUGCACUGUGCGUGCAGAUAUGACAUCAUUACGCUGUAUGCGCGCCUUGUUAUGCUACCGGAAGAGCAGACAUAGCAACUGAGGUUGUGUUUUGUGCCAGUGUUAAUAAGGAAACCUCCUGAACUGGCCCCUACAAAUAAACCAAAGGCUCAAGAGUGAAGAUCGAGUCAGGUAAGAGAGUCACGAUCGGAAUAAGUGUUUACAUGGACGCGUUUCGGAAUAACGAACGGCGUAAUGCACCACCCUCUCGAUCGGAAUACAAUUUCUUUACAAUCGAGCCGAAUUAGAUCAGAAUCUUCCGAUCGGUGCAUUUUUAUUCCGAUUAUUUUUGCCCAUGUAAACGCAGUUAAUGUCAAACCCCAUUGCUGCAUAGAUAUAAAGGGAGCUGGCCUGCCUGCACUCCUAACUCAUCAACCAUUGAAAACAUUUGGCACAUAAUUAAUGGGGAAAAACAGACAAAAGAGACCAAGAGCUGUUGUGAAGCUGAACUCCUUUAUCAGACAAGACUGGAACAACAUUUAAUUUUCUCCAGUAAUAGGUUUCUUGGUUCCCAAACAUUUUCAAAGUGUUGUAUAAAGAAGAGGUGAUGUAACACAAUGGUAAACAUGCCCCUGCUUAAACAUUAUCUUGGCGUGGUGUUUGUUUAAAACUGCCAUAUUUUUUCCCCCAAAGAACACAUUUGACAUGUUGCCUUUGUUCUCUAUUUCUGUGAUCCCAAACCCUUAAAUUCAGUCUUAUUUACAUUAUUUCAUCAUCAUAAAAUGCUCUCAGCUCUGUGACUUGUUUGGUCAUUUUGUUGGACCCAUUUAAAGGACUGGGAUUGGCCAGACCAGGUCCAAGUAGGCCAGGAGUUUGUCUGAAAGCAGCCUGACAUAUCUGACAGAGCGAAUAAAAAUUAGCUCGCUGAUUCAUCUAUUGCUCAGGCUAAAAGCGAAUACUUUCAUCUGGUAUUUGUUGAUGCAGCUUAUAGAUGUGAAUUUGGGCUCAAGUCUAAACCCUGUCAUGUUUUGGCCAUCAGGAUGACACAUAUUGUAAGUUUAUUAACUUGGAGACAUUAAGGGACUUUGUUGUGGGACAGCAUUGAAGUAAUUGGUCUGUGGUUGGUUGGGCACUGAUCGACCCAGCUGAUGACCUUUGUGUCUCAAAGAAGCAAAGCGCUCAAUCACCGAAGACUCAGCCAAGACCUCAAUUCAAGGUCCGAAAGAUCAAUCAGCCUCAGAGCAGCUGGUAAAAUUGUUUUGGACAAGAUACAGAAAGACAGCAGCUUGUACUGUGUUACUGUAAUUGAUUCCCCUGCUUUUGAAAACGAAGCCUUCCCAACAGUCUCCAGUCAAGGGAUGGAUGGCACACAAGAGGGAUCCUGGGUGUUGUUUCUCAUAAUUGUUUGAGGAAUCAUUGUCUGCGACUGUCUAUUUUUGUCUCGAUGUUUUGUCCCACAAAAUGGCAGUCUUUGUGGCAAUCAGCUUCUCCUAAGAGUGUCAGUCUGCCUCCUCUUCCCGCCCCUGGUGUCUUUUGUCAGAGGAUGCUAAUAUGAGCAUAUCAGUCAUCAGGUCCCAUGCAUAAUACGCUCUGGGAAGUUCUAACACGAAAAUGAAUGACUGACACUGAACGAGUAACAGCUUUUCCUGCAACUCUGUUGCUAUGGUUACUUGUUUUGUACAUUUGUAGAAUAGAUUUCAUUUACCCAAAAAAGGCAGAGCCUACAGGCACUUAAUGGGCUUGACUUUAUAAUAUGUCAGUAUGUAGCAGAUCCCACUGGAUGUGCAUCAUGACUUGGAUGUUUAUGAGGGGAAAAAGUGAAUACUAAUAUUCCUCUGCUGGAGAAAUUCUGUCUGUAGUUCAAUCACAGUCCUCUGCAACAUUUUCGAACUAAAGCCUCCCUCCUUCCCUUCCCCACCUCACACUUCAUGCAUUCUUUACACCUUUUUUCCCCAAGCUGGGAUCCAGGGCUGAUUUGUAAGCUGGUGCUGCUCUUUUGUCUGCCUGACUGGCCGGCUGCCAUAAUAAUUUACUUCCUAAUGAGGUACAGCUCCAGUUAAUUACAACAACAGCUUUAUUUUGGUGUUGAUCAUACAUUUCUAAACUCUGGAUGCGGAAAAAAGUAUCAUGCUGAGCGCAUUCAGGAAUUAUCCCAACAAAUGUGUUUUAAUAGCGUUAAGUAAUAGACCUCUUAUCUCAUUUGUGUUGUGGAACCAUCUGUUUAAGCUAGAGAUUGUGCUCUUCUGUGAAUACAUUUCACUUUCUCUCUACUCUAAGCGCUAAUUAGUAUCUAGAGGCAGUUCAUGUACUGGAACGGUGCUUGCUGUUGGUUGGCUCAUCCAUGAGACCUCAGGUAAAAUCCCAGCGAGAUCUUUUAGCAGUGACAUCAAACGGGUUGUUUGUUGAUCGGGAGUCUGUAUAGUUCUUACCCGUGGUCCCUCUUUGUGUUGGCUCUCUGUUCAUCAUCGGGAACUCAACAGGCUCUCACAGGCUCCUCAUGCACUCAGGCCACUGGAAACUACAUUUGGCACAGUCGGUGUACUUCUCGAAUCGGCCGGGAAAACUUGGCAUCUUUGCAUGUUAAUUAAUUUCACGCUGAAUCCUCUGAAAGUGGCGAUACACUAGUCAUUUGUUUUUUUGUUUUCUGACAAGUGCGGACGGGCAGGGAUCCCAGCUGGAGGACAGAAAUGAGCCACGCCAUCAAAAAAAUUCCUAACCGCACAACAAGUCCACCUGUUACCCACAAAUAUCUCCCAUGUGGUGGGACCAGUCUGGUUGCAUUUUCUCCCUAUACCGUUAUUUCCGUUAUUGUGCUGUUUUCAUCCCCAUUAAAUCCGUCAUGGAGCUUUCUCACCACAGUUUACUAUGCAUCAUUUUGCCAAAGAUGUCCAGUGUGAUUAUAAUAGCCUUCAUGCUGGCCAUUUUCUAUCCCUUCUUAUCUAAUUACAUUGCUUGAAUCCCCCUUUUGUCCAUAAGAAUUACAGUCUCUGAUAACAGCAUUUAUCUCUUUUUAAUCCGCUACCCUCACAGUGCUUCAUUUCACCUCAUUCUGAAUGGGGAGCAUUGAUUUCAUCUCUAGUUCUGCUCUCCGUUUUGUCUCUCUUUUGUGUUGCCCGUCUCACUGUCCCCCCUGCAGUUUCUGAGAAUCUCUGAUAGCCCUCUUCUUGCUUACAGCGGCAGUAAGCACACAGUAUAUCCAUCAUUAAUCUCUCCUAUCAUCCCACUCGCCUUCUCUUGUCCACUGACAUCAUCUGCCGCUUGCAGAGUCUCUCCCCCCUUGAAGCCAUAUCUGAAUCCAAACCCUCACAUCCCCAGUGAAACGGGCUGCCCACCUCUGACAGUGUGCGGCGCCUCAUCUUAUCCUUUACCCUCAACACCUUAAAGGUAUUUUACAACAAUACGAUUUUUCAUUCUUCAUGCUUUAGCCGUUCCUUGAAAAAAAAAUCACAGACAUCAAGGGCAGAGCAGACACAAACAUCUCCAUCACAAGGCUGGAAAGAAAGAGGCAGUUCAGACGGAUGUGUGCAUCAGAGAGAAAGAGAGAGAGAGAGGAGUUGAAAGGAAAAACUGUUUUAUUGCGAGAUAAAAUUACACACUUAAAUUAUACUGCGUGAAAUAAGAAUAAACUUUCAUCUGGGUUUGUUUUUCCUUAUUACAAAAUAAAGCGUUCCUGCAGAGGUAUUGGUAAUUUAUUCUCCAAGCUCAUAGGAGCUAAGAGGAAACUUAAAGGAAAAACCUUUUAAGUGUGAUCAAGUCACCCACUCCUCACCGAAAAAGAGGUGUAAACUGCCGGGACUCUGGAGAAUCUAAAUGUCAAAAUGUGCCGCGUAUUCAAUUUCCAAAUAAGUGGUCGUCUUUCACCUCUCUGCUCUGCUGGAGAGAAAACCUCUAAUAUGAUUCUCAUGCUGUGAGGCUUCUUUACAAAUAAGACGCAUGAUGGGAAAAUUUAGUGUCCACACAGACGGGACAGACCCCGAUAAGUCAGAAACAGCCAGCUGUGAGUGACACUGUGGCACAUAUUGACACCAUUGGGAGUAAAUCCUGCUGAAAGGUGCUUAAGGCUGCUGUCCCGGCAGUGAUGUGUCUGAAUGAGUGAGUCUGACAAACCCUCUGUCAGCUGUGUGUCGGUGCGGCACAGAGAGAGAGAGAGAGAAAGAGAGAAAGAGAGAGUAGUUCAUAUCAGGAGCCCACAAGAAGUCAGAGCUGAGAGGAUGAACUAGUGCACUUGGACACGAGCGAUGAAGACUGUAACUGCCUGCUGAUACCCACGACUCGUCUGAGAUGUCACUUCCACUUCCUGCCAUGGGACGCCUCUUCAGCUCAAAAGUAUUGGCAGCAUGUCAGCGUCACUUGAUGAAUAUGAAAGUGUCAGUCCUGCUUGGAAAACAGGGACAGAUGGCUGUUAAAGUGGUUUACCUCGUUACUGAAGAUCAGAGGAUACUAUUCAGACCUUCAUUUUUAUUCCAUUCACGGUAGAAACCAUGCUGCCCAUAUAUCAUUAAAGAAAAACUGUGAGGAGUCAUCGAGAACACCUCAAACACAGGGGGGAUUUUUCUUUUCCCCAAUCGUGGAUUCGUGGUCUGACUCAGCUCCACCAUUGUUGAGUGAGCCUAAUUGGAAAAAUGCUGCAAACAACAGCAGAUAAUAUUCACUUGCUAUCAAAACAAAAAUAAGAGGCUUCCUCCAAAAUCUGCCACAGAGUAUAUCACAGUGGGCUUACUUGGACAGCACUUUUCAGCAUUUAGCAAGUUACAGUGGCAAGGAAAUGCUUUCUUUUUUCACAAGCAGAAACCUUGAGCGGACCAGAGUCGUGUUGAACUGCCAUCUGCUGUGACUGAAUUGGGCUUGGAAAGGGGGGAUAUAGAGUUACAGAAAGAGAUGGAUAGAGACAGACAGCAGCAACAACAACAAUGACAACAGCUCAGUCAGAGUUAUAGUUACAGUGACAGCAGUGAUGGUAAAUGUGUGUGUACUGUUUAGAGGGAGUCAAUACUUACAUUUGCAUUUAUGAUGAGGAUCAUCAUAUCAGAGGUGGCUGUAAUAGUUUUAGCUUUUGCAGUCAGAGUCAGGCAGGUCUACAGUAAGUAUUUGCAUUAUAAGAGUGGGAAUAAAGGUCAAAUAAAAAUAUAUCACUGUACAGUUUGGACACUGUCUUAAAUGUUUUUAAAAAGUCGGGAUAUGAACAACAAAAGACAGAAAAAACUGUGCAAUGCAAACAGACAUGGAAACAAACAAGUAAAUUGAUAAAUCAAUUAAUGACCCAGAGGAACAAUUCCCUGCUAAUUGAGUCAAUUUGCAGAAGGUCAGUAAUAUGAUAUAAAGGUCAUCCCAGAAAGGCGGAGUCUCCUAAAAAUAAAGACGAAGAGAGGUUUGUCAAUUAGUAACACAGACGUAAUUUGUGGGGGGGACACGGGGGACACUUUCAAAAGCCUGUUUUUGUCCCCUGCAGAUUUAACCGUCUGAAAACAAUGUUACUUUACACUAUAGCAAACUGAUACACGUCAGGCACUAGGAACAAACGGCCACCCAAGCCGAAAACUGGUUUCCCUCGGUUUGGACCACCCACAAGGUCCUUGAUUAGCUCUGCUUCGGGGCCGCUUUUUGUGUGUGAUUGGCUAUCCCUGCUGUCAGUCAUUCCCUGCCCGCCAGACUAGUGCUUUGCAAGUUGCUCGUAAGAGUCAGUCCGUGAUCAUCGCUAUUCGCUGAUUUACUAAUCGCCGAUGUAAGUUUACAGGAGGGCGGCGUUCAUUUUCCCUCCGUAGCGUCACAUUUAUCGGAGGUUUCAUUUACAUCCCUGCAUCGGGUUUGUACUUCCGUCCACCUGCUGGCCGUGUUGCCUCCUCUAUUACUGUGUGUGUGAGAUGUGCUGUUUGCUAGGCUAUACAUGAAGGCGGGAACUGAACAUUGAUGUUUGAAUCCACGUGUCUAAUCAGUACUCGAGUCACACGUGUCCCCCCCAUCUUUGAAAUCAAAAUUUCGUCCAUGCUUAGUGAGAGGCUGCAUGAGCAAAUACUUCAAUAAUUUCAUCAUCUACAGCAGAUCAAAUCAUUUAAAAUUCAGGUACUUGAUUGAAAAUAGCGUUACCUGAGGCAAAACUGCAUCAAAUAUUCACAUGACUGUUGUGGGAGUCACCAAAUGGGUGAAAAAAACCCUAAAAAAUCUGUAUGGAUUUUUUUUUUUUGCUGCAUCCACAAAUGCGGGUUUAGCUGUACCAUGAAAAGAGCAAAAUCACACAUGAACAUGGCCAAGACAUAGUGACAGCUGCUUUGGGCUAGAGCUUAUUUAAGAUGGUUCAAGCGGAAAACUGCCCUGGGGCUUGUUGAAAAGCUGUCCAAUGGUCUGAUGAGUCAAAAUUUGACAUUUAUUUGGAGGAUAUGGAUGUAGCAUCCUCUGGUUUAUAGAUACAGGGACCACCUGGCUUGUUUCGAGUGCAAAGUUGAAAAAACAGGUGAUGGUAUGGAUCAUAUGUGCCCAAGACAUGGGUGGCUUACACAUCUGGAAAGGCAGCAUUAGUGCAGAGUAAUAUGUUCAGGGUCUGGAGCAACACAUUCUCCCAUCCAGAGUAUGCCAAGCCAUAUGCUGCACAUAUUACAACAGCAUGGAUUAAUCAUUUGCAAACGGACAAAUUCUGCCGUCGCUGACAUUUUUCAUUGCACCCAAGUUUUUUUUUAAUUGGGGGUCUAGUUGUAGUAGUUUGAGUCGAGUAGAUCCAACGCAGCAGUCUGUCUGCAGCAAGAUACAGAGGCAGAUUUAAAGUUUGUGACAUACAAUCAAAAAGGGAGAGAUAGAGAGGGAAGCAUUGGAGCCUGUGCAGGAUUUGCUGCCAGUCUUGGACUAUGGCCACAUCACUCACAGCAGGUCUGUGUAGGCCUGUAUUCAGGGAGCUUAAUGUUCUGGAAAGGUAAUAGGGCACAAUUGGCACUUUAAGAAACGAUGGUACCUGACCAUUAAGGGCUGACCUUUAAGGUCUGGAGAUUGAUUCUGAACUCUAUUUUAGGUUUUAUGUGAAGUCAGUCUGGAGAAGCUAAUUUCUCAGUUUUGGUCACUUCUCAAUCUGGAGUGUUUGGGACCGGCAUAAGAAUCCAAAACCUAUUAUUGAGAGUGUCUGAUGAAAGAGAAUAAAGCUUGUCCAGCUCAGAGUUGAUGAAUGCAUAGACUCGUUUUUCUGCAUCUUUGUGAGACAGACAGGAUGUGUCUUAUUUUUGAACAACACGUCCUGACUCCUACAUGGAAAACAAAUAAAACCGAAACAACCACAAUUUGAAAAUUACUACAUUUUGAGCUUAACUCCUGCAAAUAUAGGAGUGUGUUCGACUGAAAAAGCAGCUUUUACCUCUUACCUGGUGAUGUCCACUUUGACUUAAACCACACUCUGCUGUUUCUCGUCUACGGCCUUUGUUUUUCUGUGAGGUCUUGAGUUGAUCUACAGCAACAUUAGGUACUCCAACUCAUUUAUCCCCUCAGCGAUCAGGCCGCUAAAUGCAGGGAAGUAGCAGAUUGGUGGCCUGUAUUGGAUUUUGGGGUGUUGAAAUUGGGGUCUAAGGAUUGUUUAGUUCUUAUUUUACUCCUUUUAUUGCAUUAUUUCUUAUUGCAUUUUAGUCAUUCCACUGUUGAACGUAUUGCACAUGUAUUUAUUUAUUGCUGAUUUGUGGUGCUGACAGGGCAAUGUUUGGGCCAUAUGCUGCUGUGAAUGCCUGGUAUUUGUCUGUUUCUUGAUCGUUUAAUAACAAGGCGAGAUAAUGUGAAGUGAAUUGUCCUUCAGGGAUUCAUAAAUUUGUCUGAAUCUGAAUCUGAAUGUUUCUUAUUUUCUAAUUUUUAUGCCUAUUUGAGUAAAAUCAGAAUUUUAAAGCGACUCUAUCUUAAAUAAACAUAGCAGAUUUGAUCCCACCAUCUUUGAAAGACUAGUCUCAUGAAACGUAACAGUUAAUUCUGACUCUGAAAUAAGUUUGAGUAAAUGUACUUUUACAUUUUUACCAACACUUGAAGACGGCGUCUUUAUGGCUUUAUGACAAAGCAGUUGUGAAUAAUUCAAAACAUCCCGAGAGUGUUUAGAAAAUGUUCUCAGCUCGUACAGGAGUAAGUAAUGUUGUUUAAAUGUUUCCCCUUAGCUGACAUUCCUUCAAUAGAAAAAGUAACUAACUUUUUCUUUAAAGUGUGAGUAAUACAGUACAUGCUAUACAUUGUGCUACAUGCGUCGAUUUAAUCCUGUGAUCCUGUUGACAUGUCGGUACCAGCUGUAGCGUGUGCUUAAGAAUGCAUUAACCUUGUUAGAGUCAGUGCUGUGUAAAACCAUUUUUUCUGCCGCUGGAACAGAAAGAUUCAGAACGAGCCAGAAUGUACUUAAAUAUAAAAUAACCGAGGCAAUCUGCCCGGCUACAACAAGGUCUGCGGAAACACUUGAAAAUCUUACAUAAUUCAUGUAGCGACAUAAGAUUUAUUUCCAGCCAAGGUGUUGUGUACAGGCUGACAAACACCUCUGUUUCCUCCAUUAGUAAGAGAACCACUGCUCCUGCCCCUGACCUCUGCUGCAUCCGGUGGGUGAGCAUAACUGAUCUUGUCAGACCAGUGGGCUCAUUUCUUGCAGGUCAUGUUCAUGUUCACACAUUAAAAAUCAACAUUCGGGCUGUUUCAGGGCAGAGAGGGGAAAAAUGGAUGGCCCCAGGGGUGAGGAUGGUAUUUUCAUUCGAUGCUCCACUUUUCAGGAGCUUGAUGUUUUUGAGGGUUGCAUGUUUUUUUAUGCAUCUGCGCACACAGUGUCCACAGCCGCAGGCCUCCUGUUCCUUGUCUGUCCAUCCCAUUGAACAUGAAGUCUCAGGGGCGCCUGGAGGAGGUCUCUGGAAAUGUGGCAUAAAUGUCCGGAUGGUCUGAGGGAUGGACUGAUUUGAGUUUGGUGGUUACUGUGACCUCACUUGACAUGACUUUGAGAAGAAAGGUCAAGGUCUUUUUUUUUUAAUCAGAUCAUUGUAGCCAGGAAAAGUACAUUUCCUGUUCUGUCAAAACUUAAGGAUCAGCUAUGAGUAUAUUUCAGUAUAUUUUAUUUAUAUUUGUCCACAUUUGAAUUUCAGACGCUAAAAAAGUUUCCACGUGUUAAAGUUUGUUUCUUUUCAUCCUCAACAUCUAUAUUUUAAUUCUUUAUUUACUUUUAUUCCUGCAGCUAUGUGUUCUGGCAAAAAAAAAAGUCUUUACUUAAUGGUGUCGAAAACAGAAAAAAAUUUUUCGAGUCAAGUUCAAUCAAUUUUAUUUGUACUUCAAAAUAUAACAAAUUAAACACAAGCCUCAACAGGCUUUACUGUUGUACAGCCCAAGGCAGCUUCUAUUCUUAGACUAGAGGAGGAGCAGCUAUUUUCCCAUUAAAGAUAGAGAAUUGCAUGGAUGAAACGCCAUCAGAAAACCACAUUAAGGUUUACAACCGCAGUAAAAAUGUUGCAGGACGGGAUCAUCCGUAAACGACCUUGGAGGAGAUGGUCUACGGAGACUAACGUGAGCUGACUGAGCCUCAGGUUCUUAAAGUUCUCCAUAUUCGAGUGUAAAGAAAGAAUACCCUGUUGUGUUUAGUCAUCUUGCCUACAACUUGAUUUAAAAAGCACAAUAAGACACAAUAAAACUACACAAAUUCCCUUUUCACUAUGCAGAGCUUCAUUUAACUGAACUCUGUUUUUGUUUGCUGACUGACUCUGGGUCUGUACUGUGCAAGUCUAAAGAAAACAUGAAUUAGACGUUAGGAGGAGUUGGUUGAGGUGUAUUGUUAUGAAGCUUGGCUCUGCUGGAAAUGACCAGUUAACUUUCCUCGAGGAGCUGAGCCCUGCAGAUUUUCUACUGAGGGGCUGGCAGAAAAUAGUCAGGUCAAAGUUGAAAUGAACAUUUUGGCUGUUUCCAGAAAGUUCCUCAAAGUCACAGGAGUUUGUGCACCUGUGAAUACAGCUUGAUAGUGCAAAGUGAGUGAUCUUAUUAAAAAUCUUGCACGCUGGAAUUGCAGUUGUCAUAUUGUUCCUGUUUUCUGCACAUGCAUUUAAAGGUCCCCUAUUAUGAAAAAUCCACUUUUGGGUGGUUUUCUACCAUUAAUAUACAUCCCCUCGAUUUUGAUUUCAUUCUCUCCUCUCUUACUUUCUCCUACUUUCUGAAAACAUGAGCGCAAACGGGCGAAUAGAAAAGCUAUGCGGUUAUGACGACAUAACCACAUAAGCUAGAAGACGGAAACUGAGAUGGAUGAAGCAUUUCGUCCGUCCCAUUCUUUCAUUCCGUCCGUCUUUUUGCACAAAGCGGGGAACAUUACGGACAGACGGGUGCCAAACAGCGUUAGUCAUCAGAGAUAACUAUAUCAUUCCACUUUUCAAAAUAUUGGGCACUCACCAAAAGAACUCCAAGUAACGACAAGACAGCAGAGACGUAGCCGUCAGAUAAGCUAACCCACCUAGAAAUGUAACAUAACACACUUACAAAGUAAAAAGACAAAUAUAAAGACACAUAUUUAUAACCAACCAUUCAGAAACGGACGUAGGCGUCAGAUAAGCUAACCCACCAAGAAAUGUAACAUAACACACUGAGUAAAAACAUAAAUAUAAAGACACCUAAUAUUGGUAACCAACCAUUCAGAAACGUCCUGUUGCAGCCACAGAGUUUGACUUUCUUCGGCAGCCUCACCCUCUGGGUCAGACUCUGGGUCAAAUUGGUAGGGCUGAACCACAGCGCUUGUAACACCGACUGUAAACAUUAGCGUAUGGUAUCGGAGCAAAAGCCGCAGCCCCUUCCUGAGAGGGGCGUGGUUAUACACAGCUCAUUAUCAUUUUAAGGCACAGGCGCAGAAUCAGCCCGUUCUCAGUGGAGCUUAAAAAGAGGGGGGUUCAGGCUGGCUGAUAUCUAUAAAUAAACUGGUGUUUUAGACAACAAACUUUAAAUUUACUAUUGUGGGACCUUUGGGACCAAUUUAAACUUGAUGAAAAAUGCCAUAAUAGGGGACCUUUAAAUCUGGGCUGAUGCAUGUAAACUCUUAUUUGACAAGUUGACUGAGGUUGUAAUUUGAGUUUUUCAUACCUGCAACAGCUCCUCAGCUCUAGUUUUGAAUAUUUUCCUGCAUUAAUAAACUCUACUUGGAAUUGAUUUGUAAUGAAGCUGAAGCAGACUGGGAAUUGUACUUUAAUAUCCAACAAUGGCAAAGUAAUUAACACCAAUGAGACCCUCGUCUGAGUUUUCUCUCAGCCUAACUUAAUCUCUGUCUGGUUUCUGUUUGAGGGGCUUUUUUUUGUGAUUUCACGUGUGGAUUGUGCACGGCUUUUCUCCAAAGCCUUUUCUUUUUGAGAACUUGAAAGGCCGCUGGUGCAAUCCACAGUACAGACAGUGAAAAAGUCCUAAAAAGUUGUCAAGAAUCCCUUAUCGUCCUGUAUGUUUGCAACUGCAUACUCUAAAGGCGCAUACUAAAGAGUGGCAGCUGAAUCCAUCUACAAUACCCGUUCCAAUCCUCAGUCUGAGUAUCUGAAAAUACCGCUGAAGCGUUGUGGUUUUUAUCCCAGCAGUCAGAGAAGAAUAAGCAGCGGGCGCUCCCCUGCACAUCAUAGCUGUCUGCUUUAAAAGAACGGCAAACCCGGAGCCAAUUCCUUCGCAUCAAACAGGUUGGACGAUUGAAGAAGACACCGGGGAGAAGGUGCAAAGAUAAGACAUGCAGUGAGGAUCAGAAGGUAAAUGUGGCAAAAUAGGAAAUGCGCAUGUGUCGGGAGGAAAGACAAAGAUGGGGGUUGUCUUCACAGAUCACCAGUAAUUGUGUAAUUUGUCACAUCAAAUUGGUGCAAGACCUGUCUGUGAUUGGUCGUGUCCUUUGCCAUUCGGGGCCUCAGCUUCACAAGCCAGUAAUGUUGUGCAAAUGCAGGCUAGCCCUCCUCCUUCUCAGGGUGCUAUAAAUAGGGGGAGAGAAGCCUCAGGCUCUCAGUGUAAUGAGAUUAAACCAAACCAGCCUCAGCUCCCAGUGUUUUAUUGAGCUUUAUUUCAGUUUCCAUUCUGUGUUUUCAAUAUGUAUAGGGAAGAUAUUGAGUGUGGCUGCUCUGCGUGCUACACAGAGUCCAUGUAGGAACAUUAUGUGAUCAUGAUGUGAAAGACUUGUGUGAGUAUGUGUGCAGUGCUCUCGUUUUGCCCCCCGCAGGGCAUGACACAUCUCCUGAAGAUGUGUUUUAUCAUGACGGUAAAAUGUUUGUCACUGUAUUUCUGUGCUGUCACGAAGUCGUCUCUAAUUGUCCCACUUCCCUUGCCGACUUUUAUAGCAGUUUUCAUAAGUGAGAAGUCACCACAGUUGUGCAGAAGGCCUGUGCAACUUUAUCAUUGAAUCCAGAGCUGAGAGAAGCAGACUGACCAGUAGUGGGAAAGCUUUUGUGGUUGAGCUUCUGGGUCUGAGGUUGUGGGAACACUUUUUCAUGAGAUGGAAAGUGUCUGGGGAAAUACAGAGUGGGAGACAUGCAUUCUGUUUGGACAUACUGCUGAUUCUCACAGCCCAUAUUCCUAGACUCUGACGUUUUUAAACGGUCUGCUAGACCCUGGCUGCUUUUCCAGGCACGACGCUCAGGCAUCAUUUCCCAAUCACAGCUUCUUCCCUCAUCUUUUCGCCAGCAGUUUGGGCUUCCAAGGUUCACACGAUUCUCUCCAUGGUAAAAAUAUCUGUUAUCUAUCUCCAGCUUCCGUGUCCAUCAAAUGUUGCACAACACUUCCUCGCUGUCCGUCAUUUUGAUGGACAGGGUCAAAAUAAUGUCGUCACAUUGUUUUAUUGCCAAUCAUUUCAGGUAACAGUUUUCCGGUGAUAAUGAGAUUCAGUCUCCGGCUGCCACCGGAUGAGUCUCUUAACAAACCCUGAAAUCAGAUCUCAUUUUUAGAUAGACGGGGGCAUCUUUCGAGAAAUGUAAAAACCCACUGUGCUUGUUACAGACAUAACAACACUUAUAAUUUAGCAAGGCGUUAGAGACAUCAUGAGAGAUAUUUGUAUACGUCUUUCAAAGGCCUGAAACCGAUGUGAGGGUGUAGGUGUCACCUUAACAACUGGAAAAAAAAGCGAUUUUCAUGUAAGAUAUUCUUUAAAAUUGUAUUUAUGUCCAAAAUUACAACUUAAGCUUAUAGAGGUUGAGAAAAGCAAAGACUACCUUGUCCGCAGGGGGCGCCAAAUCUGUCCGAAACUAAAAGUAGCUUACGGAAGCUUGAAUGUAGUCGUGGAAGUUUUUCCGUUGCUGCUGGUGAAGAAUGAAAUAGAGACUUCUGCCGGCCGACAAGGUUUUAUUUUCUUUGCAAAGAAAAGGUCAAUCUGCAUCCGAGCGGUCAGAAUCAAGAAAGACCCAGAACAUGGGGAAACCUGAACAUUUAUGCUUGAGGACCGCCCCUCAGAGGGCAAGGAAGGGGCUUUGAUGUUGGCACCUUUUGUUUUCUGUGGGGACCGUCACUUCACCCCCCUUGGGUGGUAUGAUAUGUUGAUAGGAAAGUCUGUUGUGGGGGGCACCUCAAGCAGUUCUUAACAAAGACAAUAAAAUUACAAUUACAAUGUGUUACAAAAACUAAUCAACACAACUUUGUUUAUCAUGAAAUUAGAGUUUGUAAAAACUUAAAUGACAUUUUUCUUGACUGAAAAUAGUCUCCCUUCAUUUUUUCGUUUUUGAGAUUUUUCACAUUUUUUAAGGGGUAGACCGACACACUGGCGUGAUGAUCCUGGCACAGAGACAUAUGUGAAUGUGUCUGCAAUUAUUUUAGUGUUUAAGGCGUUGUUUGUCUAGCUGUAUUAGCAUGCACCCCAUAUACUGAGGGAUCUGCAGGUGGGUGCUGCAGGUUUGAUUCCAACAUGCAAUCCCUCCCCAGUUUUCUGCCCUAUUUAGCAAUCAAUUCUCUAGUAAAAUAGGAACAGAGAAUUUAUUUCAUUUAAUACGUUAAUGCAACUGAGAGCAACGUGUAAUAAUAUUUUCAAGCUUUCCUGAUGCAGCAUUAGCCAGUUAAGCAACCCCCUCAAGAAGUCUUCUAUUAGGUCUUCAACAAACAGCAUAUGUAGGCCUGUGCAUGGGCAGCAUAUGAGACUGUUGGUCAGGUCUAGCCAUGACAGAGAAAUUUCAAGCUGGCGGCGUGACGUCAGAGAGGGGAAAAUAAGUGCAGACAGGAAGGCCACGUUUGAAUGGGGGAACAUUUUUACUGCAUAAAAAUUCUGCUUGUGCUUCAAAAACGAGGGAGACUAUGAGGGACAAGAGGGCACUGAGUGACAUACGAGUAAGAAUGACACACACAAGAUUGACUCAUCAGACGAGCAUGUUGCAUUCACUGCCCCGCUGCAAGGCGACGGCCCUGAGGCAGCUUUAGGACAAAUGAAUCCACUCAGAUUAUGCAGCCUUUUCUGCACUAAUGAUAUCUAACUGCUAUCCAGGAUGAUCACACUGAUUUUCUCAUUGUUCUCUUAGUAAUGUGACUCUCCUGGUUCUCAGCAAUAUAAUUACAGUACAGUUUGGCUAAUUGUCCUCUACCGCCAUGGUGGUAAUUCGCCUUAACAUAAAACACUCAGCUUUUGAUUUGGUAAAAGAGAUGAUGUUGUUUCUUUUUAUAGGCUUUUAUUAAUAUAAAAUUAAGUAUUUAGCAGCAGGCGCCAUUGUAAACCUAAUUAAUUAAUCAGGUAUAAUCAAUAUUUUUGAGGUUAAAGGCAUGGUUGACGAUUGGAGAAGCAGUUGAAAAAACUGAGCUGUAGAGGCAGAUUUGAAAAAAGCGUCCCACCCUCCACACACAAACCUCUCCCUCUGUGCUUCAUGAUAACUCCCCCCUGAACCUGUAUCGCCCUCCCCACGACACACCCCCUCUAGUGGAGCAAGAAGCCGGCCAGCAAUAGAUCCUACGCUAGCUACAAAGGAUUCGCCAUGCCGGAUUGCUAGUGACUAGCGGUAGUAAACGCCAGCUCUGCUAUUGAGCAGUGUCUGCAGCUGCCUGGACAGCUACCGUGUUGACAUUGCAGAGACUAAUAGGAGUUAUUUAUGUAACAUGUGCCCCGAUAAAAGGCAAGAUAAAAGCUCCUGUUGCUUAGCUGCUACGCUACUUUUAGCCACUCAGAGCUCCGAAGAGGGCUGGGAGAGCGGGAGGGGACGAGUCGGAAACACGAGAGAAGGGUGUGUAGAAUACAGCGAGGUAUUUGGAUGGAGGCAAGGAGCAGGAGAUUUACCAAUAUGAGCUGUCCGGGACGCAGGAUUUUUUUUGGAGGAUGGUAGGGGAAGGUCCCGCCUCCUACGAAAAAAAAUAUUGCGUCCAGGAUGGAUAGCUCCCAUUGGUCGAUGAUUUUUCAAGCCCUACAGCUGCUAGGAUGAAGAUUUCUUUUCCUCUCUUUUUUCUCUUCACUUUGUUGAGAUCAUACUAAAGGACCAUGAUCGCCAUAUAAACGAGGUUCAUAAUAAUUACCAAUCUCUCCAAUCGUCAACCAUGCCUCUAAAAAGGAAUAUAUGUUAUGUGAAAGGGGAUGUUAGAGACCUGGUUCUGCUUAAAACACUUUCAGCAUGCCCAGAUGACUUAUUCGUGUUUUCUGUAAGAACCAGGCUGUUUAAGAUUACUCUCAUCACAUUUAUAAUUCAACUUUUUAAAAUAUAGGCCCAAAAAAAAAAAAGGGGCCUAAAAACCAACUCUGAAGCCUCCUUUUGACCGCAGCGCUCUUAAAACCAUCUGCUCUCUGUGUGCUCCCGCCACGAGUGUGAACAUGAUGGACAGUACACUAAAACCAAGAGGAGGCGAACAACUCUCCUGUGCGCUCCCUUUUAGUCACCGGCAUCAUGAAUGCAUAACAGGACAAUUCAGAGCAUCAAGCUAAAUGGACCGUUUCACUGUGUGUUCAAAUCAACCUUGUACGCUUUCCCACUCGGCUGCACCCUGCCCAGCGUUUGUUUUUGCAGCGCAUUAUAGCCGUAAUUAUCUAUCAUUCCAGGGUAAUAUGCAGCCAAGCAUCUUUGUGCCGGGCAAUAUGUAUGACGAAUCUGAUGCCAAGAUGGUUUAUUAGUCUGCAUUUCACCCCCUAGAUUGGAUUAAAUCUGACAGAAAGUGAAAUACAGAGAGGAUGUAAAGGAUUGUAGAUAGAUAGAUGGAUAGAUGGAUAGAUAGAUGCAUAGACUGGUAUUCGCCAUAGGGGGUGGAUAAGUGAAUAACCACAUAGGAGGUAAAGAUAGAGGGAAAGAUGUUGAGAUAGUGAGGAGGAACAGAGCCACAGUGACACAAAGGUAUCUCUGGAUGACUCACACUCCUCUCUCUCUCUCUUCAUCUCACUCUAGUCUGGAUUAAAAUAAAAGAGGCCCAGCAGCCCCAGCCUGCAGAGAGCGAGUUAGGCGCUCCAUCUCUGAGAUAGGGUGAUGCACUAAAAAUACACCUCCCUGUAUGGUCUUGUUGAGGAGGAGGAGGGAGGUUUAGAUACAUUUGUUGGUACAGUAUAGACAGUACUAUCGCUGGUGGUGUCUGUGGUCCAGCUCCACCCCCUCGGCCUUUCUUCUUUUGUGGGUUUCCUGUCUCUGCUUAACAGUGUGCGCUAAUUAGCUUCUGCAAGUGCGCUCUGCCACUUUCUAGUAAUGCAGGCCGGUCAGUGUGCUUCCAAUUCAGUUCAUUAAGCAGAAUUCAGCAAGAUACCGCUUUCAUCUUGUAACCCCAUUUCCUUCGUUCCAUCACUCCCCCCCUUCUGCUCGCAUCUCCUCUGACAAAACUCCAUUAGACAUCAAAAGCAAAUCAAUAUCAUUGUAUUGCUCUCACAGCUGCAGAGUGGUAACUCCCCCCGCAGCGGAGUCCCUCUCCCAACUCCUAAUUUAUCAGGACGCGAGUGGCAGGAAACUAAACAAAGCACCAAUUGAACAUGUCUCUCCAUCUGUCAUCUCUCAGGAUGGCUCUCUGUGUCAGCCGAUCCAUCUGUUUAGCCCAGCUUCAGCCUCCACCACAGCAGAGGGGAGGAGAAACACGGCGGAGCUCCCGCAAUGCAAACCUACAAGGUGCGUUCAGAGAGGAACAAUGCUCAUUAUACAAACAGAGUGGCUUGAUUCUGCCUCUGAUAUUUGGGAAACAGAGCAGCGGUUACAAAGAGAGUUUAUUGUGGAAAAAGUUACCACACUUUAGUCCUUACCUUUCACACUAAACGGCCCCUGGGGGUCACGGAGGGGGAUUUACAUACAAAGCAGCGAGGGAGCUCAAAGGAGGCUAAAGUCUGAAGCGAGGGAGAAGAAGCAGGAGGAAGAUUCGCUCGUGUUUAUCCAAUCAUGGCUGUCAUUAAUCACUUUGCACGUAGGCAGGAUUGAAAAGAGAAAGUGAAAAAGACACUGACAGGCUGAGGGACUGGCAGAUAAAAGAAGAGAGAGGAGGAGAAAAUGGAAAAGAAAAUCUGAUCUUGUUGCCCUUUGUUUCUGAUGUUGCGAAAGUGCAGAAGACAACAGUAAACACUGAGCAGAAAUAAAGCAAAGUUGAAGAGAGGUUUCUUUUUUGUUGCUUUGGCUUUGCUUCAAGGCAAGACUGUAAGGUUGGUAAGGUGAUUUCCUGCUCCAAGGUUUGUUGGAGGUGUUUUCAUCAAAGAUUUGUUGCUCUUUUCUUACCCAAGUUUAGGGCAUUUCAGCAGGAAGCAAUCUGAAACAUACAGACAAGACAAACAAUUUAAUGUCCAAUUAGUAAAAGAAAGAUGACAGACCAGGUCGGUCCUCUGAAGUCAGGUGGACUAAGUGUCUGUUUGAGUUUAUGGAGAGCAGAUUCGGGACAAAAAACCUCUAUAUAAGCAAGAAUGGCAUCAUUACAGGCUUAGAAGAGAUAGGGAAGAUGCAGCAAGAACUUGAAGGUCACAAAAAACACGAGUGUAAACACGUAUUUCACAAUGUAAAAAAAAAAAUCUAUACAAACUGUUAUCUAUUGGUUGAUGUGUUGCCAUCUUCAGACAUCACACCACAUUUUCUGGCCGUUUGACAAUUGUUUGAUGUUUCCCCUGCACGGAGAGCCAAUCUAUUAAAAAAGGCAUCAUACCUAUGGGGUGGCUGCAGUGCUGUGGUAGAGUUAUAUCUCACUUGCAAGGUUGGUAGAUUGAUCCCAGUUCCCUCUGUCACAUACCAGAUGUCCUGGUGUAAGUGACUGAAUCCCAAACUGCUCCUAGAGACAUAACCAGCAGAGUGGAUGGGAUUGGGUAAUACUGAUGCUCUCCUACUAAUGCAUCCUCUACCAUCAGUUUAUGAAUGUGCUGUGAAUGGGGAAAAGUAGUCAAAAAAGCAGUCUCAAGUUAAGUUUGCAUAGCUGUUAUUGUUGGUUAAAGGGCUAUUCUGGUGUAAAAUUAAUUUAGGGUCAAACACACCGGAACACCAAGUUAGACAUGCCCUCGAGAGAUGAAUGUUGCCGACCGCUUGCUUCUCUAGUUUUACCAACUUUAGUAACGACCGCAGGAUAGAACACAAACCUCAACCAAAAUGCCACUCUAUAGCCACAAAUAAUGCACAGUCCAUUAUGGUCUGCUGCGUGGUGUCGCAGCUCAAGGAAGAACAUUUAUGAACAUUUCUUCAAGAACAUCAGACCGAGACGCUAAGGCAGAAGAACUACCGUGUCUGCAGUGCAAAAUGACUAAUAUGGUGAUUAUUACUUAAAGGAAAUGAUGAAGAAAUGAUCAUAAAUGUUCUUCCUUGAGCUGCGUCACACCUCACACGCUAGGAUAUCCCUUUAACUUGUACAACUUUCUUCUACGGAAGCCCUAAGCGGACAUUUUUUCCGCAAUCACAAGAUAGUUUUUACGUACCAAGAAGCACCGGAGCAAUAGCCUAGUGGAUAUGACUAUGAAUAAUUUUGGGGUGACCUUAUCCUGUAAAGUUCAGAGUGUGCAUCUUCUUACCCCGUGCAUUUCGUCUUGUCGCAGAAGGCAAACAGCGCAGACACUGCCCCGUGUACAGUGAUCAGCCCAAUGUUUUUCUUGAGAUCACGAGAAAACCAUCUUGUGAUCUCGAGAAAACGGGGUAAAAAAGUAAAAAAUAAACCAUGUCUGCUUAGGGCUUCCAUAUUCUUCACCACAUCCCUCAGUCUUUCAGUUUAUCUCAGCUGGCCUCAGGGGACGGUUAUUUUACACUCAACUUAACUCCAAUCCUGAAAUGAUCCCUAUUUUUUAGAUAUAUUUUAGGGAAGAAACCCCACCUCGCAUUCUCAUAAUUAUUGUAAUUGCAGUGGCAGUUUAUUUCUGACUUGUUGAAUAUUUCAUGUCGCCCCCAAAAGCAGCAUUUACGAUCAAACAGACAACAUUUUUCCACACUGUUCAUCUAACAUAGUUGUAAACAGCCGGGAAUCCACUUCCCAACCUCAAAUUCUUAUUUCCAUACAAAGCGUAUUGUGCAGGGGUACAGAAAUCAGCAGAUUUAUACUUUCACACUCCGCUGCGCUCUUGCAUUUAUUAUGCCGAACACAUCCACGGAGCGCUGAACAGUAGGCCAUGUCAUAAAGUUACACCUAAACAGAGCUGAAGCCCCGUGAAGCAGACACGGUGAUGACAGAACGACUCGGUCUCUACCUGAGGAGUGGCUGCUGAGUGUUUUCAGGGGUAUAAAGAUGCGCUGACAGUGAUGAUGAGUGACAGAGGCCUCUGGUGGUUUUCGAAGAAUACAGAGUGUAAGACAAUCCACAGGGCGGCGGAUCAAGAAUUUCUCAGGUGGAAAAAAAAUGCUGUUAGUUGACUGUGAACAAUUGACUUCAGGUGGAAAUUAUUUUGAUCAGAGCAUUAAUGGAUUGAAAGGGCUCCUUUCACAGCGCGGAGGUCCUGUUGCUGCGGGAUGAUUAUCCUGUCUAGUGUAGCCUGUAAAAUAAAUCCCUUCCCCGUGGCAUUUGCCAGGUGUGUGAUUGUGGCCAAUCCCUCUGGGUUCUUCCUGAAAGGCAUGUGUUCUGCUCUCUCAGAAGCCCUCUGGGUUUGGCCGUCCAAAGAGGGGUUGAUGAUCCGGUGGGCAGAAUAAUCUGCUGUAAUCCCCGGCUCUGUGAUCUGACCACAUUGCAGCAGAGGGAUGGAGGGGCGGGAGAGCCUACGCGUGGAGCAUACAAGGGGGACACAUGGGGGUGGGGCAAAAGACUGGGGCAGGUCAAGGCCGUUAAAAUGUAAACACAUGGACUUAUGUCUGAUACAGAAUAGAGAGGACCAUAUAUUUAUGUUCAGUAGUUGAUUUGAUAUAAGAGUCUUGAUUUAAAGGUGUCAAAAUCAGAUUUGAAGAUUGUUGAAUUUAUCCCAUUUAGCCCAGUAUCAGAACUGACAUGAACUCUACUGCAGCUGCUGGGACUCCUAAAUUGAAAGAGUGUUGAUGAUGAUGGUGAUGGUGGGUGAGUUUUCAUCAGGGUUAACACUGUUUUCAUUAGAGAUGCAUGACAAGACUCAUACCAAGUGUCCGUCGCACAGCUGCGCUCACACUGGAGGAAGGAGACUUUGUGCACAAAAAUGCUGAUAAGUUAACACCAGCCAUGUUUACACGUGCCAAAUUUCUUGAUCUGAUUAAAAAUUCGAGGGAUCGCAAAAUCUGAAUCCACUGUUUACGCGGGUGCAAAAUCAAAUAAUCCGAUCAUGACGUGCUUUAUUCAGAUUAGAAGCAUUUGGACAUGAGCAGAGUUGUCUGGUUUCAGGAUUUUUCCCUCCACUCACCCGAACCAGGUUCUGAGAGCGGGGGUAUUACUCCUAGUGUUCAUGAUCAUAAAGCGGGCCCAGCUACACAUACUGAUCCUGUGUUACAUGAGGAGACUUUAUCCAGCGAGAGCGUUGUGUCUGAUACAAACCAAUCGCUCUUGGAUCCCGCCAUGUUUACGUCUUGUCAUGUUAAAGUAGGGCACAAAUUUGCGGUUAGGUUAGUUUUGUUCCAACAGAGAGUCAUGAUCGGAAAAAAGUGUUUACAUGGAUGUGUUUCAGAAUAACUAUUGGCAUAAACCACCCCUCUCAAAUGGAAUACAAUUUCUUUCCAAAUGAGCCGAAUUGGAUCUGAAUCCUCCAAUCAACAUGUUUACAUGAUGCAUUUUUAUUCAGAUUGGGCCUUUAUUAUUUAUUUAUUUGUGCCCAUGUAAUAGGACUGUACGAUAUAUCGUUGUCGUUGUGAUGUACGUGUAAGCGAUAGUCACAUUGCAGAGCCUGUGAUGUCAGAGGCUAAUGAACUCAUCUUAUUUCAAAGGUAGCUGACUGACAUACACUGCAUGUGACUCUGCGUGUGCUGAGCAGCGAUCCACCAAUCGCAUUCGUUCUUUACUCAGUUGCCAAUCAGACUAUCCUGCCAGAGAGGAGGAAACCACGCCCCUGCACAUGGCCUGCACAUGGAGUGGGUCACUGGCGCUGCCGGUGUUGUGCCGACAAAGUCUUGCCCACCAAGAAAUACUUUUGGAACAUUACUCAUCACUGUUUAGCUCCACAAAUAAAAAUUGUCUAGGUUUUAAAUCAAACAUUUCAGUGGACCACGCUACCAUAAGCGGUGCACGUUUUGCAAGGUGCAAUUCUCGGCUGACAUGCCUUUCUUGGCACAACACCGGUAACAACAACGAUUGCAAAAUGAGCAAAGACAAGAGAAAGCCACAUAUCUCUCAGACAGACAGAAGCCGUUCUAAUAACAUUCACAAAAAGAGGUACGAUCAGUGCAGGUUAACUGUCCACAAGAUUUCAGCAGUGCAGCAUGGCAUAAAGUGCUAUUCAGGUCAUCUGGUGAAAAUUCCUGUAUUUUUUUUAUAUCGUAAUAUAUAUUGCAGAGUUGAAAAAAAUCGCAAUGUUAGUUUUUUCCAAUACCGUGCAGCCUUACCAUGUAAACUCAGCAACUGUUUCUGAGUGAACAUAAUUCAUUCAAUUCAGUGAGUGUGACGCAAAUCCCAGACUCAUAACCAAAAUUGCUUUGAAUGUUAAAAACUUGAAUUGAAAUAAAUUGAAUCUAAGAAAUUAAGCUUCACUGGACAGGUUUUACAGUGUUGCUGAUUAACCAGCCACUGUGACACUCACAGUACUUUCACAGCUUUGCAUCUGUGUUAUCCUGCUCCAGUGUCCUACUUUGAAUUACAUCCUCCUCCAUGUAUGUCGGUGCAUUAUUCUCAUCCUGGCUCUGUGAAGCUCCAGUAGACAGAUGCUCUCUUGUCGCCCAUAAAGAGUGGCGCCAGCUCUUUCAAGCUUCUUGCGCAUCCUACUGUAAAUGUCCACAUUAAAUCGGAAGCAGGGCUGAGCGUGCCUCUGUCGUCUUCUCUAUCUUGUCAUUGCAUGAGAAGAGCGAAGGGCGAGCCAAGGCAAGCGGAGAUGGCAAGCCCGCUCUGGACAUGUCAUUUGAGAUGUGUCAGUUACUGGCAUGUUGCCCUAGAGGCAUGCCCCAUCCUGAGAGUGCCUCAUGAAAAAAACCUUGAUAGAUCCGCCGAUGAUUCAAGCGCAGCACUAGGGAACAGCUGUGAUUAUAUGGUCAGCCUAUAAAAGUAACACCCCCUCCCAAUUUGCAAGUCCCCACUCUUCUUCCCUUUAACUCCCCUUACUGCCACCCCCACACUGGUAGCAAUCAGCCAGGUGCUAAAUGCCCGGGUGAGGCACAGCUCAUGGUGGGUGGGGGGUGUAGUGGAAGCGAAGGGUGGGGGUUUAAAUUGCACGUGGAAAUAAGCAUCUGUGCUUGCUUGGCAGAGAAGGAAGCGGGGGCAGGAAAUAACUGUCAUUCUCCGCUGAGGCUAAGAGUACAGACAGCGUGUGUGUGAAGGGUUGUGUAGGGGUGUGUGUGUGUGUGUGCGUGAGUGUGCAACACGAGGAGAGAGAGAGAGAGAGGGUGAUGGACUCAGGCAGGUUAAUCAUUAACUUAGUGAACUGAGGAGAGCCAACAAAAAGGGGCGGGGAGAAUGAAAUGACUUGGUGUUUUUUAUUUAUUUAUUUUUUGAUUUAGCUUAAAUGAAUGAGGGCUGCUUCAUCCCCUCUGAGAGGUCUGAUUAACAGCAGCACGCAGUCUGAUUGGGGGGGGGGGGGGGGUUGAACAGAGAGCUGACACCAACCAGACAGGGAAAACGCUGAUAUUGCAGCAGCUCUGCUCAGCUAGAGGCGUCCCGGUGACAAUCAUUAGCGAACAAUCGAUUGAAAAGAGGGUCAAUGAAGAGAUGUAUGUAAAUCUCCUCCACACUGUCAUAUAGACUUAUAGGUUUAAUUAAACUAAUCGCUGCAUUGACUCCAGGCUCAGCAGCUCUUUGAAGCCUGCCGUGCUAAUACCAUAAUAUCGAGCUCCCCUUUUUGUUAAAGAAGUGUGUGCGGAGAAAGGAGGAAGUUAAGGGCUGCAGCAGAAAAACCCAAUUUUCCAGGGUUUUUCUCCAAACAGAGACUCUCUGUUUGGAGAAGGAGUGAGAGUGGCCAGGUGACUUAAUAUGAUUUGGUAUAAGAUUGUAGACUUUCAUACUAUAUGAACAUUACAAUACAAACAAUAUAAAACAAUACAGUUCAGCAUUGUACAAUUUGAUAUAAAACCAGAGGAAACAAUAUGACAUGAUAUAUGACAUGAUAUGAUAUGAUAUGAUAUGACAUGAUAUGAUAUGAUAUGAAAUGACAUGAUAUGAUAUGAUAUGAUAUGAUAUGAUAUGCAAUAUGAUAUAUGAUUUGAUGUGAAAUGAUAUGAUAUGAUAUGAUAUAUGACACGCUACAAUAUGAUAUGAUAUGAUGUGAUUCAAUAUGAUAUGAUAUAUGAUACGAUAUGCUACGAUAUGAUAUGGAAUGAUAUAUGAUACGAUACAAUAUGGUAUCAUACAGUUUGAUAUGAUACGGUAUGAUAUGGUACGAUAUGGUACAAUAAGAUACAAUAAGAUAUGAUACGAUACAAUACAAUAUGAUACGAUUUGAUAUAAUAUAUGAUAUGAUACGAUAUGAUCCAAUAUGAUAAAUACGAUAUGAUAUGAUAACCGAUACGAUACUAUACAAUAUUAAUAUGAUAUGAUGUGAUAUGAUAUAUGAUACAAUACGAUAUGAUACAAUAUGAUAUGAUAAGGUAUGAUAUAUGAUACGAUACGAUAUGAUACAAUAUAGGAUAAUUUAGGCGACAGUUAGAUAGAAUAAAAUAGGCUUUAAUAAGAUACAAUAUUUGAUAUUUGACAGGCAUGACACAGUAUGGGAUAGGUGGCCCAUGGUAACAAUUAUGCACCACAAUACAGUAACUGAUAUCUUGUAAGGAAGCUAUUUAAAAAUGCAUCAUAAUAUAUCAGUACUUAAGAAGACAUAUUUUCGUUUGACGAAAGUGCAAGAUAAUUACACGUUUGGUCUCUGCUGCACCGUUGUCCACGUUUUAGUCUGAAAACUGGAUGAACAGAUCUGCAGAAGUCCUCGAUUGUCUCCAGUUAAACUUGGUUUAAUUGUUGUUUGUGAUACGUUUGAAUGCAUUUUUAAUUAUCGUCUGUAGAAUGGACAGAAUUUGGGACUAUGCAGGCCAUUAAGUCUGCACUCCAUGCAGACUAAAGUGCAUCUUCCACAUUUCCUCUCAUGUCCGCCAAAAGAGGUGGGUUACCCUUCUUCCUCUUUCAUCCUUUCUUUGUGGUUUUGUAAGUGGCUCCCACAUCUCUUCACUUCUUUUAUCUACUUUCAGACAUCCUGCUGUUUUCUCUUUCUGUUGCUCCACUGUCAGCUGUUUCUCCAGCCCUUGAACUUCCAUCCACGUUAUACUCUCAUUACUGUCACCAGUAUCACCGGGAGAUAUCAAAUAGUAAAGGGGUGGUCAAAUUUGCGGGGAAAUCCAUGAAGAAUGCAGUAUUUUUAAUUAAAUUAUCGAUCAUUUGCACUGUUGUGAUGGUAUUUGUGUCAUACAAGCCAGAAUGAGGAUAUACUGCUGUAUCCAUAUUCCUACUAAGCAGAUGGACUUAGCUAUAUGAGAAAUAAGUCCGCUGCUGAAAUGCAAUUUAUCUUGGUGUUACAGUCCCUGCUCAUGUGACAGGCAUCAAAUUCGAAGUCAGUGAUCACAUCUCUGUCAUACCAAAUGAAAUGUGUUAGAUCCUCUAGUGCGGUCCAGCAUGUUAAGAGAAUUUGACAUCCUAAAGCUACUUUCAUCCAGGGCGCCAUUAUUUACAAAGGUGCUUUUAUUUUGAAGGAGACUUAUUAGCUGCAUCAAAAACUUCACAAUACGGAUAUUUCUACAGUUUUCUUUUGUUUCUCAGAGUUAAAAAUGUGUGGUGAAGCAAGAAAAACUGCUGUAUAAGCAGAGCGCUCUACAUUCUGCUCUGCUCAACAAGCUGUCCAAGUUCCUCAGUUAUAUUAAGCUCUCUGGUUUGAAGAAAUGCAGCGUUGUUAAAGCAUGUUGAACUGUAACUGUGUCAUAUAAGUUUAGGCACAUGUGAAUGACGUAGAUUAGUACUUCUGUGCUUUCUGCUUUAGCUUCAGCAGUGCUGUUUUUCUAGAUGUAAGUGUCUGGGUUGACACAUUUCAAACAGAUGUUGGAAAUAAUCUGUUUGCAUUUUCUCGUUUUGCUCUUGAGGGUAAAUUUCAGGUAGAUCUGAAUGUGCAGAUGUGCUGUGUCACUCUGUCCUGCAAAAAUGGAACCAGUUACUGCAAAAGAAACAGAAAAUACCAUAAUUAUAGUGUCUUUUAAAAACUUUUCUUCACGUAUUGAUCUGUUUGGGUUUCUUUUUAAUUAUAUAUCAUGCUCUAUCUAAUGGAUUAAUUUAGUUUAGCACAUUUUAUUCAUCAUCUAAGUUAGACAGACACACCACAUGUCAUCCCAGUCUAUCCAACUGACUUUAACUGAAUUUCAUUUUGCUGUAUACUCAAUUAAUAAUCGAUUGUGCUUUUUUUUACACCAUGCAUUUCAAAACUAGAUAACAGAAGCAUGUCAGGUUAGUAAAAAGGAGGAAACGUCACUGCUUUUAUUGGCUCGAGGGACAUCAGGGAGAAGAUGCUGGCGUGUCUGAGGGAGGGCACUCACAAAAUGGAAGACUGCGGCGCAUUAAAGCGAGAGAGCAGCUGAAGCCAGACACUGAUGACAUCCAAAUUGCAGCCCUGAUAGAAACAUUAAAGAGAGGAAAGAACCGUCUCGCUGACACCUAGGUGGGAAUUAAGAGAUAACCUCACUUGAUCCACUGUGACAAGACGUCUAAUUGAUGCCUGUGGGGCAGUGACAAGGGACGCUUUUAAAAUCACUAAUGAAGGACAAGAAAAGUAAAAGGGACAUAAAUGGAGAUUUUGACAGUGGAGAAGUGUGACUGAGUGUUUCUGAGAGGGGGAGGAUGCUCACUCCAUCCAUAAAUACACUGUCUCAUCAUAAAUCCAAACUCCAGAGACAGAACUCGAGUGAGACGCAGUUUAAAAGUUGUUGAAGGACAAGACUCAAAAGUCAUCAUUUGCUUUUAAUCUAAAAUCAAACAUAGAAGCACAAAAGAAAUCAGAGAUAUUCACAAGCAAGUCUAAUGGCCCCCAAUCAGCAAGGAAGCAGCCCACUGCUAAUCCAAGGGCAGCAUCACCUCUGUAGGCAUAUGUGACUUAAUUUCGCUUGAUGAAGUCCGAGCUCGUGCAGGCGCCCAUUUCCUGAAUGAUCUGCAUGAGCUCGUUCAGUUCACUGAGUUGAAUCUUAAACACGAGCAAGAAUUCCCAGACUCCUAGACUGUAAUACCGUCAUGUUGAUGGAAGAUUAGCACAGAUAUUGAACAGCCUCCUCUCACAAUCUCCCCACAUGGAUCCCCCAAACAGAGAAUCCUCAUCUUACAAAGAAUCAAUCCAUGUUGCACAUACUGAAACCUGAAGACUGACGGGUGGAUUCAUGAUUGGUUUUUGUUACCCUCUCUAAAAUUGUUCAAAGCAUAUGUGUACCCGGUUAGAAUGAAGCUACCUGACAUGAUAGGAAACAAUGUAUGAACGUACAGUAAGGGGUCUCAGGUCUCAGAGUGUGACAUUUAGAAAUGACAGUCCACCCAGAUCAGGUCAGAAGAUCAACCCCCUCCAACACUGCUACCUUGAAUCAUGUCGGUCUUUUAAUAUUCUGCCUCUGCAAAAAGGGCAGUGGCACCAAUCUUGGAAGAAGAUGGUGAACCCAUCUAGUUCAUCCAAAUAUAGGAGCUCUGUAAUUACCAAAACAAAAAUUUUACUGUUGAUAUUAAAAAGUAAAAGGUGAAGGUUAGACACACGCAGGAAAGUAAGAGAGAUGCUCAAGUUACUUGAACUGUAGAUAAGGUUACAAGCAGCCAGUUGAUAUUUAAGUAAGAAAACAAAACAAUAUUUAAGAUGUAUGGUUGAAAUUCUAACAGCGGAUGUAUUGCAGGUAUUCUUGAGUUUCCAAGACACCUGAAAUGAUCUCACUGCAGCAGAGAUGAUGAGUGUGCCUCCCUAUUAAGAGAGCUGACAUUAACACACAGCUCCAUUACUUCAUUGAUAAUUUAAAUCUCUGCAAGCACAGACAGGAUCAGUCGGAAUUUAAUUGUCAUAAAUAAGAUGUGUUUUUCUGAACAUCCAGAGGGUCCCACACAGAGAGCUGAGCUUUAUUAUUCUGGAGAGAAACAGCAGACCUCUUAAUGGCUGAUAAUAUUGUAAAGUGAGGGUUCAGAGUUGGUUGGAUCACUCUGUUUGUAAGACAAAGCAGGAUGGAGAUGGAUAACCUUUUCAGAUGCACUUUACUUGAUCAGAAGUCACUGAACGGCUAAGAUGCAAGUAACGCAAUGAAAACCACAGAGGCGCAUUCAACAUCUUUGGCCACAACAAUAAGAUGCUGUAAAAAAUAGUUUUUGACCUUGAAAGUAUACAGAAAUAAUGAUUUUCUAACGUAAAGAGGUAUCAGAGAGGAAAUAAAGAGUGUGGAAAAAAUGCAUGAUACCCCCUUUUAAGCUCACAGUGCAUUAGGAAAGCUUUUCAUGCAAACAAAGACACUCCUCUCUGUCUGAAACUAUACACAAACCUUUGCCAUUUUGAGGAAAAUCAAUGUACUGUGUUGCAGCAUUCAUCUAAUGCAUGCUCGUAUAGCUGCAUAAGCUGACAGCAAUCACUUGUUACAGGGGAGUUCAGAGUUGCUCCUUUUAAGGUCACAACUAUCCCCGGGAUAGAGUUUCCUGUUGCGAUCCAUUAGCACAAGUAGAUAUUACCUCAUAGAGCUGCAGCAGAAGUUCAAGUGUAAGGGAGCGUUUCUCAUUUAGUUGGUUUACAGGACCUCAGUCCUCAAGGGGAGGAAGGACAUGCGGAUAAUUGCAGAUAUCAUCUUUGAAAUAUGACCUGAAGAUCCUGAGGUCAAAAAAAGGUCCUGGCACUUAGUGUAUAGAUCAAAGUGUAAGUAAAUCUCUCAGACUGUUAGAUUUACUCACAUAGCACCAAGUGUUAUCCCAUGAUGCAUUUAGACCAGAGAUCCAGGGUAAAGAUGGGAUAAGAUUGAGACCCACUCCCAUCCCAGCAGCAUUUAGAAAGUUACACUGGAGAGAAAAACCUCCUUUUAACAGGCAGAUUCAGAAAAUGGACAGAAGGUGGGAUUGAUGCUUGUAGUUGAAGGAGCUGGAAAGGAAGCAGGUCCACGGCAGCAAAACAUCUGCGGCAGCGAUCCAGAGGAACCUACAGCAUGAUGGAGCUCAGGGACUCCAAGGAAAGACUAGAGCUUCAGCAGGCUUUGGGUCUGUGCAGGAAAGCGAUCCAUGCUGGUGGCGCAAAAUGGAUUUAACUAGGGUGACCAUACGUUUUCUUUUACCCGGAUGUGUCCUCUUUUUGGGGACUGUCUGGGUUUGUCCGGGGAAGUUUAUAAAAUCCUUCAAAUGUCUGCAGUUUUGUACGCAACUUCCGUUUUUGUGUCGUGUGGACUUACUGAGUUAGAAGCGUGUAAAAGACACUCGAUCCGACCCAAAAAACUCUUAAAAUUAACUUUGUGCGACUUGUGCAUAGUCGUGUCCUCUUUUUGGGAAGUCAGAAUAUGGUCACCCUACUUUAACGUGAUCCUGAAUCUGACAACAACUUUGCAGUUUGCUGUCACCCCGGUUGCAGAUUCCCAUAUUUGAAGUUGCUAAUCAAGUGUGCACAAAAAAAAAGUCUCAACCCAGAAAUCUUUGACGGAGGAGGCUUAUUGUCAUGAAACAACAGCUGAGGGGCUUCAGAAUUGGUUUCCCACCAAUUACACAGGGUGCACAAACAAUUCGAUCACUUCUAAACAUGUCAGUGCUGUUGAUCUGUUUACACUGAGAAUUUGGAUGGCAUUUGAGCGGAUCCCUCCUUUAAGGCACGUAUCUGUUUUCAAUUCUCAUAACACGAGCCGUGUGUCACAUGAGCCGUGAUCACGGAGUAAUUUAGUUGUAAGUAAAUGCAGACUAAGUGAAGCUUAAAGCAAGUGGAUGAUAAUUGUCUGGUACAUUUGCGGCUUAAAGGCAGAGUGGCUCCAGUUCGAUCCCCCCCUCUCCACUUGAAGGAAUGCAGCAGGUUUUUUUUUUUCUUCUUCUUCUCACAUACUGUAGAGGCAAUUUCGAACAGUAAGGACUCUGCCAAUCACCUGCUCACCAUGAAAUCUGUCGCAGCUUUAACAACUCCUGGCAGAUUUAUCAGAGAGGACAUGUAUGCGUGUAAGAGAUGGUGUUAUGUUCGAUAUCUCUUGGAGCGAUUCUGAGCUUUUUGGAAAGGGGAAUAUUUCUGUAAUGUUUCUACCAGCCAAUGUGAGAACACUCCAGGCAAGAGUGAAUAUUGCACCGUGUCCCAGAAGCACAAGAGCACCAGCUAUCACAUUUGAUUGUUUCACAUUGUGCAUCACAUAACAAUGAAUGCUCACUGUCCUCGCUGACUUUGUCAAAUACACUAUCCUCUUAUGUCAUGUCAUGUAAACAAACCACAUUACAAUCAAAAAGUGCGUAGGCGAGCAGUCAGAGACGUCUGAGACGUCUGAGACGGAAGAGUGUGUUCUAUAUUUGUACAUGCACACCUCAUAAACCAAAAAAUAGGACAGCCUCCACUGUUAACACGAGUCAAAAUACAGAAUUUCAAUCAUGGAUGUAGAUGUUAUGAAGGCACUGUUGUCUCCACUUUGUUUAACAGGCUAACAAACUCUCACCACUCACUUACUGGACAAUCUUACACCUCAGUAAUCGUUCUUCAGCCAGCUGUCACUAAAAUUAGGACUUUAUAGUUGACUGUGGAGGUUUCAGACAUGCAACUCUUUUCUAAACUUCUCAAACUGACAGCUCCCUGUUCAUGCCUACAUAAAUGACAGGCUUAGAAAUAGAAACCAGGUGUCACGGUCACACGAGGUAAGAGGCGGCAUCUCAUUCUCGCUCCUUGUUGACUAACUUAAGGCCUGUGUCCACUUAAAGACCCACUCCGAUGAAAAUCUGGUUUUUCUUGUCUAUAUGUUCAUACAGCAUUUUUUAAUAAUAGAGGGCAUAUCAAGAGAAAACGAAGUGCAAAACUGCAAUUCUGAAUGUUUCUGCUUUCAAAUCGCUGUGAAUCUCUGGCAGACCCAAACGGCAGAUUUAGACACAGUGAGAUUUUGUUCACAAUAACUCCAAGCUCCGCCCCCCAGCAGUCCGUACUGCAGGCUAGCCUCCAAAAAGUAGAAAGGAUGAUUGUGGAACAAGUGUGUGUGGUAGCAGAUUGCAAUGCUCGUAAAAAGGAUAAUUAUGAUAUUAGCUUUCAUUCUGUCCCCAAAGACAUUAGUGCCUGAGAGCUAAAUGGCUCCUAUGUUACCUGCCACUUCUGCUGCAUCGACAAUGUUAGGCUAAAAAGCUAGCAUAAAGUAGGGUGACCACACGUCCUCUUUUACCUGGACAUGUCCUCUUUUUGGGGGCGUGUCCACACUGUCCAGCUUUGUCCGGGGAAGUUUAUAAAAUCCUGCAAAUGUCCGUGGUUUUGUACGGAAGUUUCAAUUUGUGUUACAUGGAUUUACUGAGUUAGAAGCGCAUAAAAGACACUUGAUCCAACCCGAAAAACUCUCAAAAUUAACUUUGUCGUAGUUGUGUCCUCUUUUUGGGAAGUCAGAAUAUGGUCACCCUGGCAUAAAGAGGAGAGCCCAGAGCAACACUGUUUCCGCCCACAACUAAGAGGCGAAUUGCGAAGAAGCUACUGGAGCUCUGCAGAAGAAAAGCCCUUAAAAAUGACAGGCAAUGAGACUGUGACUAAAAACUUCAUAAUCACAAUUUAAAGAUCACUGAGAACACUUUAAAUACUAAAAAAAAAAAAAAAAUACAAUCAGAGUGGGACUUGAAGACUUUUUUGGGUGUGCUGGUAAUAGGGCUGGGACAAUAUGCUUUUCUCCUGAUUAGAUUCUUCUACGAUUUUUUGGAUGCCAAUUCGAUUUAAAUUGUGAUUCUACGAUAUUGUGGAUUUUCUCGAUCUGUAGUCUGCAGAAUUAACACCAGUGAAACACUUGAAUGAUUAUGAUUGUCUACUGACUAUUCCAGGAACCAUAUUUCCCAAAAAAUACACAUCACGUUUCAGUCAGUUUUUAAGAUUUAUUCUUAAAUUAAAAAAAUAAAAUUGAAAAAAAAAAAAUUGUAAUACUUGUGUGAAUCCAUUUUUUCUCCCACCCCUAGCUGGAAAUGCCCCAGACCUCUUUGCCAGGUGCUUACUGUGGCGAGUUUACAAAAGUUGCAUUAUUAUCAAAAGUUGUAGUGUUUCAGUGGUGAAUGUCAUUGGUUUUGUAGAAUGGGGUAAAAAUGGGACUGAUCACCUCGGGCUUAAAUGGAGGAAGGGCCCUUGAUUAUGACUCAAAUGAAAAUAGACAUUCUGGUUUGCAACACAAUUUUUUUUUCGCUGAUAUUUUUUCCAGCAUUUAUGCCUUUGUUUGUCACGGCAGCUGAAGAGGGACAGGAAAUGUGAACGAGAGGAAAAUGGGAAAUGACAUGCAGCAAAGGGUCACGGCUGGGAGUCAAACCAGAGACCGCUGUGAUGAAGACUACGGCCUCAGUACUCACCAACUAAACAGGAUUUUUAACCCUUUGAGUAGAAAUAUGGUGUAUGGUUUCUUACUGAAGCCCUCUCUUACCCCUUUAAGUAAAUGGUUCAGUCCACUUCAUUAUCUGACGAUAAUCACGAGAGCAAAGUGGGUGUUGAACGUUUCUCUAAAAGGAGAUUAUUUUUGCUCGAUACAGUGUCAUUAACUGUGAGCUUUGAUGACUAUAAAAGUACAAAACAGCUCUCAACAAUUUAUGAAUCAAAAUAAGUGAUUUUAAGAUAAGUGAGUGUUUCAUGCUGAUUUUAUCUGGUGUUUGUCUUUGACACCAGAUUGGGGAGUUAACUUCCUUUGAACUCUUCGAAGUUUUAUAUGCUUUAGUAUUCAUUUUUGGUUUACACCCAUCUAAUUUUUGUGAUAAUUUACAAAUUUGUAGUAUUAAGAAUUAAAAAUUGUAGUUGGGUAUUAAUACGUUCUGCUUUGUCAGUCAAUGGAUGCGUAUUUUGGUUAAACAGUAUUAAUGUUAAUCUGGAAGUUGCCUCCCUGGUUGGAGGCAAAAGGCUGCAAGGUACAGGCUACACACAACCGCACAUAGUGUCAGUGUCAGCUCAGCCCAAAAUGAAAAAGAUUAGAAAUGUACUUAUAACGUGUUUAGUGCUUUACUUGUAAGAGCUAAAGGUUUUUCUUUUAUUUAUGAGCAUUUUAAUGCUGGCUUAAAAUAAGUGUGAAAAGCUCAAUGCAAAGCCAAAAUGACACGUUUGGAAAGUGGCAUAAAUCUCUUACGCUUGCUUUUUCCAAAACACAGUUACUAAGAAAGAGACUCAUUCUGAACUGAGGGAGUUUUCACGAUUGUGUUAACGCUUCAUUUCAGCUAUAGCAAAAUACAACAGUUUAUAAUAUUUAACUCGAAUCGUCCUACCUAAAGCUCCUCAUGGUCAUAUGCAGUGAAGUUGAAAAGGUCAACAAGUUAUAAAGUAAUUCAUUUUCAAUCUCAGGUUUAUUAGUCACCACAGCAGAGUUUGAGUUGGUGGUACGUUUUUGUAGCUACAGCAACAUGAGUGAUCAAUAAAGCCACUAGUUCAAGGGUAGACCGUCGUUCAGCUGAGGAUGAAGGAGCUGUGAACAUAUCCAUGAACACAGAUUUGUCAGUGGCGUGCGUCGGUGAGCCGCAGUGAGCUAACAGAGUCAGGCAGUUCAGGUAGUGAGGCUACGUAAGAGACGGCGGCUUUAAUGUGCUCCACUCCAUCCUGACAGAGACGGUUUGUUAUCUUCCAUAAGAAGGAGUCACUCAGCUGGCACAAAUCCCCGUCCCUCUGAAACCUCUGAUCAUCAUGUCAUUGUCCGCAGCGAUACACUCCAGGGACUCUGCUCUCACAUAAUGAAACUAAGAGAGCUGCCCACAGCCCGGCUUGUAAUCACCCUGUGCACUGUGUUUCUCUGUGUGUCUGUGUGCACAUGCAUCUAGUUUGUCUUUUUAUAGUGUUUGAGUGAAAACAAAAGAGCUUUGGAGUUAAUGCUCAUCUCUGUGUGCACUUAAGUGCAACAUGGGGGUGUGUUUCUGCCAGUAUGUGUCCACAUGUGAGUGUCUGUGUGUGUGCGUAUCCAUCCACGUGUGCGCAUGAGUCACUUCGAGAGGUUUCAGCGGCUAUUAUUGAGCUGGGACUCUGCAUUUAAUAGGAGAUAGAAUAAUUGUCUCUUCAUCAGCUCUCCAGUGGUUUCAAUAGUAACCGUCAUGUGAAUUAGAAUUCUUGACAUUUUUCCAAAGACUGUCUCUGAGAGGCGCUGCAUGUGAAGUGACUUUCCAAGGAGAGCCGCACCAUCCGUCCAAUGUGCCGUAAACAAACAACAGUUACUCCCGAGCAGAAAAAGAAGGAGGGAGAAAAAGAGAGACUUAGAAGAAAGAGGAGAGCACUGAAUGUGGAAGACAGGAGGCGAGGAGGAAACAGCUUGACAAGGCAUCUUAUCUGUGCUGUGUUCCUCCCCGUGCUCGAGCUUUAAGCUGCUUGCUGAGAGGUGGAACAGUGAAUUCGUGCAGCAGGUUUGUGCUUGCUUCUUUUUUUUUUUUUUCUUCUUCUUCUUUUUGGUGAGCCGCUUUUGCAGUGAGAAAAACAGACACUGUUCACACGUCGUCUCAUUUGUGCUCUCAUUUGGUAUGUGCGGAGUGUAUAUUCAAAUUCAGACACAAAGUCGGUAUAUCUCUCCUCUUUGUGUCUCGAGACAGUAACAAAUAAACACAAAAAUGCUGGUUGUCACGGGGAUGUGCCGGCACUCAAAGUCUCUCUCUCUCUCUCUCUCACACACACACACACACUCACUCACUCUCACACACACACAUUUUCAGUUCUGUAUUCCAAACACUGACGAAAGGUUAGCUCAGCUACCAACAACAGAAAGUGUUUGGAGUAACUUUUCCACUGAAACAAGCAGAAGUAAAGGUUUGUUGCGGAAUAGAUGAUCAUUGAUGCUUUAUAGUAUCUUCUCCUCUAUAUUUCUAUCUUCUGACAAUAAUCCAAAACAAUUAGCAUUCAUUUUUUUUAUUCGCAUAUUAACCUGAGACAUUGAUCAGGGCUGAGUUCUCACUCGAUUAUCCUGAAACAACCCCAGAAAGCGUUUUUUGUUUUAUUUCUGUUGUGCCGUUUUGAAAGACUUUGGAAAAUAAUUAAAUUCAUUUGAAAUUGAAAGUUUUUCAAUAUCUAUUCACAGACGAUUAAACGUCUUUGUUUGUACCAGAUUUAACUGGGAAACAAGAUUUCCCACGAGAUCUGUCUCACACUCACACUCAUAAUUAACGGCAGUUUUCAAGUCCCAUCUCAUAUUUUGUGAGUCACCAAUUAAAAACUCUGCGAGCGGCAGGGAUCCAGUCCUGUAACACACCAUAGAGUAGGCCUGGCACUCUGCACUGGCAAUCUCCGCAUGAGCAGCUUCAACAGGUAUUAAUUAUAUGAUCAAUCAGGGUUCUCUCUUCCUCCGAUGAGACUCACACAGCCAGAGUAACAGUGCAUGCUUAGAAACUUUUCUCCUUCCUCUUUGGGAAAAUUGAAAAUCUUUAUUUAUUUAUUAAUUUAACCUUUAUAUAACCAGAUAAAAUCCCAUUGAUUUGAUUUACAAGGGCGACCUGGCCAAGAGGUCAGCAGCACACGUCAUAAUAAAUGAGGUAAAUAAAUAAAUCUGAUUUCUUAAUAUCAUCUUCAGGGGCUUGUCCACUUUUUUCACUGGGGUGGCUUAGCUCAGGGGCCUAUUUCUAUAGGGGUGGCCAGACAAAGGGCAUAUUAUUUACUUAUGCUGUUGAUGUCUGCUUAUUAUAUGUAAUUUUACUACUGACAACAAAGCACCAAAAGGAUCAUUUAAUAUAAUAUAAUAUUUAUAAUAUUUUGUACAACUGUACAAAAUGAACCAACCAGAGUGUCAGAAUUUAGGGUGGCACAUUGGAUGGUUGAUCAUGUUUCUUUCUUCUUUUUUAUUUUUUUGAAUUUUUGUUUUUACAUUUAUUUUAUCACAUUUUUUAAAUGUUUAUAUUUCAUAUUUCUAUUUUUAAAAGUAAACUCAAAACCUACCUCUUUAGUUUGGCUUCUAGUUGAAUUUAGUUUUAAUCUUUUAAUCUGCAUUAUGUGAUUUUACCCUAUUUUAGUCCUAGAGUAACUGUUUUGUGUUUUAUCACCUCUUUUUUUUAAGCUACUUUCUGUUAUUAUUUGAUUUUAAGACUGUUUUAUGUCAUUAACUUUUAAAGCUUUAUCACUUUUAAUAUAUUUUAUCAUGGUUGUAUCGCUUUACUCCUAGAUCCAGAGUUUUCUCUUUUAACUGAAGAGUCCUCACCUGGUCUAUUGGGUGUGCAUCUGUGUGUGUGAGCGUUUGAGUGCUGUAUGUGUUGAAUGGGGUGGGUUUGGUAUUUGUAUUUUUAUUUAUUUUAUUUCAUUGUUUUUAAUAUCCUGCUUGAAUGGACAACAGUUUGUGCUACAUUCCAUGUAUAAAAAAGUGCUUUAAACAUUAAGUUUGAUUGAUUGAGUGAUCAAUUGAAGAGGGCCAUGCCACCCUGACCAUCCUUCUAGUUACACCCCUGGAUGUCUCUGAGUCUUCUUGCAAACCCAUAAUGCACUGCAGUUAGAUUUAUAUUUAAAAAGUAAAAUACAUUAAAAUGAGCUUAAACAGCCCAUCAGUUUCCUCUUGUAAAUAAUUUGUAGAAAUGCCAGCUCCAAUCACGUCCUUCAUCACCUCUGAAGUAUCAAAACCUUGAAACAGAACCGUUUUUUUUUAACACUUUGAUGCCUUUAUUGUGGUGGUCAAAAUGAAAUUUUUAAUGUCACCCUCUUUUCAACCUGAUUUUUAAAGCUGAAAUCCACUGCUCACCAAACACAGACAAGUCUACACAUAUGUAUUUCAAUCUCUUCGACUUACCUCUUAGCAAUCACAAGUCUAAAAAGAUUAUUUUUUAAUCCACUGUAUGAUUUAAUUUCUCAAUAAAGUGCUUAUGAUAGUGAUGCAAAACCAAAGAUGUUAUCUCAGGGAGUUCAGCUAGGACUCAUGAACCCAUUGUGCAACCCAUACACAGAAAUUCUGAUGUAAUACUUUGAUAACUUGCACACUACUUCCCUCUUUCUGUCCCCAAAGGAAGUUUCAGCGUUUGCAGCCGUGUUGUUUGCACAAUAUUGGUAAUUCAGAGGUUAAUGAGGUAGUUAAAAUCUAUUAAUCAAUAUCCUGUCUUAUGAAAGUAAUAACUGCGCUGGAAGCAAACCUAAGAGCUCUGACACAAUUUCAUAAACACUGCAGUCAGAUACUUCUGCUUUUUGGGCUACGGCUUAUUAGAAAAGCAGCCAUGUGACCGUCUAUGUGUAAAAAGAAACCCCGCUUGAGGCUGUCUAACAUCGCUAUCUCGGAUGUCAUCACUGGAUUAGUUACGGUUGACCUAAUGCUCCUUGUUUGAAAGCUAUUUCAUGGUCUAAUUGUUGCUUAUGUAGGAUGUUAAGGUAGCGCUGAGUCUGCUCACAUCUAAAGGCCAAGAAAAGUGCUGUUUAGAGCAGGGUUGUUGAUGUCAAAAUACAAAAUGUUUUGGGCGCAAUCCUAGCACGCUCUUUAGUGGAACAUAUAAACAUUUACACAGGGGUAUGAGUCAACCCCCUUUUCCCCUCCUGCCCUCCUCUUCCUCCUCCUCCUCCUCUCUUUUUGACUUCUUUUCCUGGGUUGUUUUCUAUCUACCCUUGAAAUCCUCAUUACACAGACUCAGUGUGCCGCUCUCUAAGAGACUGUUGUGUGUUACUCUUUCUGAUCAGCCUUCCUGUUGCUGCAGAGGAACUGUGUGCAGUGAGAUAAGGAUAGUGAGAACACAUGUUUGCAGGAGGGAGGCGGGGGGGAGGAGGAGAGAAGAAGUAACAGAUACAACGUGAAGGUCAAAAGGCUGACUAAUUAGGAAAUUAACAGAGAUCAGCGCGGGUCUCGGGGUUUGUUUUUUCUGCAGCCAGACUGUUGAAUUUGCGAGACAGCGUUCACCUGGGGGGACUAGGUGAAGACUACAGGUCCAGUUUGGCCCAGCUGUGGUGGACUGAAAAAAAAGGCGGCGUGGUGAGAUAUACUGACCGAGGAAGAGACAAGGAAAGGAUAAGAUCUCAAACUGAGGCUGUGAGGAGGGGUGACUGGAGCCUUUGCAUACAAGGUCUGGGGAUCACAGAGUGCAGAAUAUGCAAAUUGUUGCACUUUGACUCUUCAGACUUCAGACACUUUGGAGAGCAGGACUAAAGGGAGGAUCAGGCCCCCUUAUUAAAUCUGAGGACGAUUGUGGCCACGUACGGCGGCAGGUGCUGUCUGCCUGAGACGUUAGUCGACGCUUUAAAAAGUCCACAAGAGGGACUGCGUAGGAGGAAGACAGCCAGUUUUAAGUGGAGGCUGGGGGAGUUAUCUUUAACUGCUCGGCUCCACCAGGGCCAGAGCCGGCAGCGAUGAGUCAGAGGAAGCUGACGCGACAGCUGAGGUUGUGGGAGAGUCCUGAGGGUCCACCGCCUGCGCCCUCUCUCACCUCACCUGUGUCGCCGGGCGAUCAGUCUCGGGGACACACGGGCUCGGCUUUGUUUCGGCGUCUGAAACUGAACCGCAGCAUUCAGGAGCGCAGACGCUCAUCACACUGUCUUUGCAGGUAGAGUUUGACCCAGUGCUCUCUGAAUCAUCUCUUUUCUAUUUAUAAAUAAGCUUCAGGGAUUUGUAAGUGUUCUGCGAUCAUUAGGUGAGGUGUAAACAUUACAAGCAUUUGUGCAAAUGCUCCUCUCGAGAAGAUUUCAUGGAUACAAAUCCUGUGCACACAAUCCUGUAACUUCAGGAUUCGAUUUUGAGGAGAAUUCAGAUGCUUAAAAUCACGUUUAAAAGUGUCAAAGGAUUCCUCUGUGUGGCAACUCGUGUAAAGUUAAUUUGAUCUACCUUCAGAAGAGAAACAGAGGGGCUCCUUCUUGGCCAACUUAGACAUAAAAUCUAAAAAUACCCCCCCUUCACAUUUUAUAUUAGAAGUCAAACUGAAAAACAACAUACACAACUGAGUGUGCAGCUGUAGUUUGAGAAGUUUGGGAGAAGUGGGGAGGUGCUGUGGAGAUGAAAGUUAUCCCAUAUUAAAAAUAGAUGCUGCAGCUACACUGCAACCUGCUUCCCUAUCUGUACAAGUCCCCUCUAUGUUUGACUGCAACCUGAAAGUGUCAUUUUAAGUCUCAUAUUAUUGCUUACGGAAGAGUAUGCUUGUAGCUGUUUUAGUCUAAAAAACGAACAACAGUUUAAACCUUACAUACAUAUAUCUGAGUGUGCUGACACUCAAAUGUCCAUCAUGGCGUGUUGAACUUUGUAAACUUAGUUCAUCUCAUCCUGAUUUAAAGUUUUAGCCUGGUUGUUCAAUCUUUUGUCAUCCGGGAGAAAAGUGGUGUCUUAUUUUGAGCGAGGAAUAAAUACUUCAUGACUGCAGGUGUUGGUGGAAAAAAGAGACGAGUGGAACCUGAGAAGAGUGUUGCUAUGUCUCCUUCGGCGACUCUGGAAACUAAGCGGAUGUGGCGGAUGAGUUUUAGCCGUGUGUUAAGGGUUUAAUGUUUAUCAGGGAUGUGAUGGUUUGAUGUCUGAUGCUGUUUUCCUCUCCAAACUAAAAGAGACAAGAGACACUGAUUCGAUAAGACUGUAAAGGUCAAGAAGAAUGUUGCUUUUUUUAACUGGAACCAUAUUUUUGGGUUGGUCGUGUUUGUUUUACACACUUCAUUGUUUUAAAUUUGAUGGAUAAUUCUGGAAUAACGCAGAUUUCAGCUGUGUUUGUCAGGAUUUUGUGUGAGGAGAGAACUGAAUCCAAACCUCCAUCACUCUGGUCCUUGGAUGAACAGCUUUGGCUCAGGGACAUGCAGUUUAAGAUUGUUGAUGCGACAAUCAAGGCUUGAUGUGAAGUAUGGCACGUCAGUAAAGUCUCAUUCUGAGGGGAUUCUGGCUCCGCAGAAACACGGCUGCAUCUGUCACAUCUUUCUUUCCUCAACUUCUGCUGCGAGUAACCAGAAACACUCGGAGAAGGAUGGAUUUCCAAGUUUGGACACAUGUUUCCUCUCUUUGUUGUCACUGUGAGACAGGAGAAGCACAAGCAAAAACAAACACAGAGGUUAUCGGAUUUAUAACGCGCUUUUCAACUCUUGUCUUUUCUGACCUUUCAGCUUCGAUUCCGAAAAUGGUCCCUCUCCAGGCCGCAGUCCCAUGGAUUCGCAGGCGAGUCCUGGGUUGGUGCUCCACCCUUCUUUCCCCCAGAGCCAGCGCAGGGAGUCCUUCCUCUACCGCUCCGAUUCCGACUACGACACGUCGCCCAAAACCAUGUCACGCAACUCCUCCAUCAACAGUGAGGGGUAAGCAUGAAGCCAUCGCCCUCGAUUCAUCACAUUUUUCAAACCCUCGGUGUCCCCUCACAAGCACACAACAGCAACUGCACAUCAUCCCCAUCGACACAGCACUGGUUCUUCUCGUAAUUAUACAAUCAUUAUGCUAAUGAAAUCAUGAUGAAUCUCUUAACAUUGACUGCUGCGCUUUGUCUCCUGGCUUAUUUAAACCUCCCGAAAUCUUCCAUAUUGAUUCCAAUCCUGUUCCUCUGUUCAGAUCCACACAGAGCUUUGUAAACAUGCCGCUCACAAACACAGCCUCUCGAAUCAACUCUAAUUCCAGGCGCCUCAGCUGCUCAUAAAACUCUCACUCAUCUUUUAUUUGUUGUCGUGUUUUUGUCCUGUAGGCACGCCGAAGACAUGAUCGUCACCCCUUUUGCUCAGGUAUGUUUCACCGCCUUCCUUUGUUUGACGUGUUUAAUCGCUGUAAAUGACUAGAAAAGGCGGCUAAUUAGCGCAGUGAACUUGUCCCCUCUCUCCACCUCUCCCCUUUUACCUCCUUCUGCCCCUCCUAUGCUGUCCAUCCAUCCCCCAGGUGUUGGCCAGCCUACGAACCGUAAGAAGCAACUUCACCAUCCUCGCCAAUGUCACAACACCCACUAACAAGUCAGUAUCAUGCUGUCAAACACCCCUUCCCCCCCACUUACACUCGUCACGACUGCCUCCUUAAUCUGCAGUGUGUUUUUUUUUUUCUCAUGUCUCCUUCUCCUUGCUCCCAGAGGAAAAAAAAAAACAAAAACUUUUGCCAUCAUGAUUAAACAGUUUGUGGCUCUCAAAGUAUGCUCAAGGAAAAUAUCUGAUCUGUAUUAUUUGGCUUCCCUCCAACUCGCUGGCUGAGGACGGAGAGCAGAGAACAACAUGCCUCCAAUGUGUGUGUCCCUGACUCUGUACCCAGACGAUGGAGACGGUCAAUAAGACUAAAAUUAUUCUCCUUUGUAAUGCAGCAGUAAGAAGGAGCUGGAGUUGGCAGGCUUUCAGACGCAGGUCAAUAUGAUAUAUAUGAAGCUCUGCGGCAAAAUGAUUACCUUCUAUAAUUAAACAGUUGAAAGCGCCUCUCUUAUUAUAUGUGAUGAACCACUGAGGUUACUGUGAAGUUAAGCAGAGCCCAUCCUUUGUCUCUCACUGCUUUAGAGUACUUGAAUAUUUUAAAUGAAACCUGGGAUUUUUUGAUUCACACAUUGCGGUGUUAUUUAUUAUUAAAGGACAUUAUAAAAAUAGACAGGCACACUUCUCUUUGUCCCUUUUUUGGGGGGCAUAUACAUGAAUAAGAAACAUAGAAAUACUCAUACCUCCUCUGUUAUCCCUGCCUUUUGUUGCCUUCUUUCUGAGUGCAUGUCGAAUCCCCAGCAGGGGGCAGCAGCGUGCUCUUCCUCCUCUGAUGUAAUGCUGUGUCUGUCCACAGGAGGUCACCGGUGACAAGCCAACCCACUGUUCCCCAAGCUACACUCUCUGGUAUGCUGUCUGCUAAUUAAAACUCUCAGUCCAAAGAGUCCCACAUUCCGCUCACAAGGCUUUGAGGACACACUAAGACCCCCCCCACGCUCCCUAAAUGCACCAUCAGCAAUGAAAAAGCAGAUCAGCAAAGAGCAUCAUGUGCCUCUUAUAGAGGUUCCUCUGAUUUACUACAUUUUAUGAAAGCGGAAAGAUCCUAAAUAACCUCAAAUAUGAUGCAUAAACGACAAAAAUAUCUCAUCUUAUUUUACUUUUGCUCGACAUUUAACUCUCAAAGUAGAAAUUUAGACCCUCAAACCCAUUAUGGAGGGGAAACUGUGUAUCAUGAAUUCAAACUGUAUAUUGUUAUGUUUAAACAUUGUGCUUUUACUGCACCAGAUAACACCUGAAAAAUCUAGAUAUAGGUGUUGGGUACUUUAUUUGCAAUUCAGCCAAACCUAUCACACAUUAUUACCCAUAAAAAACACAUGCCAGGCCCUUACAGACUGAUAACAUACCAUGUCAGGAUUAUAUAUGCAUAGUCCUGCUUUCUUACAUUCACAUUAAGUGUGUUCUUACAUGACAAAGACAUCUACUUUUCCUACGCUUCCCUAUAUUCACUGUGUGUCUGUGUCAUUCCCAGAGGAGACCUACCAGCAGAUGGCUCGGGAGACUCUGGAGGAACUGGACUGGUGUCUGGAUCAGCUGGAGACCAUCCAGACGCACCGUUCAGUCAGCGAGAUGGCCUCCAACAAGGUGCGCACACAUGUCCAAGCGAGCAUGUUCACUCUUACUGUCAGUGUGCUCCUAAUUCAUCACCCCAUGACAGCUGAUUAUACCAACAAAUGCUAUCAGGGCAAUUAAAGAUACAUUUUUAAGGUGUAAUAAAAAGGAGUAUAAUUAGAAUAGAUAUGGAAAUACCCUACAGGAGCAUUAGCAAAACUUACUCUUGACAAAACUUUUCCACAUCACUUUGAAUCUUUUAUUUUAUCCUUUCUACAUAAAAAUCUAACAGAUAUCUCUGCAGCUGUUACACUUAUAGACUGGCUUUAUUUGACAUGUUGUUAAUCAGCAGCAGCGUAUUCGAAGUGUGUUUUCUCUUCCAUUUUUUGGAUCCACCUGAAUAUGUUUAUUCAGGUCAGAUUUAAUCAGGCUGCGCUGCAUAUGUUGACAUCCAUCUUUUCGGGGUUUUCAUGGUGUUUUCUCCGAGCAAACACGUUAACCAUGACUUUACAUGUAUUUAUAUUCCCAACUGCUAAAGAUGUUGCCUGGUUGUGUUGUAUUUGUGUUUCUACAUCUGCACGCACUGGCAGCUUUCUCAAAGAUGCACAUGUUUGUAUUUAUGGAAGAGAGAAGAGAGAGGAAGGGUGACACUCUGUGGGAGGGAGGGAGGGAGGGAGGGGGGGACCUGAUGCUGCUGAUGUCUCUGCUGUAACCUUGGUUGCUAUCGAACAGCAGCAGGGUCUGCCCUUCCCUUUUCGCUAUUGGCUCGCGACUCUGACCACGAGCCAUGUGGUCUGGGUAACCACCAAUGAAAUGAAGGCGACGCUUCUUUAAUAGUGCUCUGUCUUAAAGAGACAGCGCCUUGUUUGUUUUAUUCUACAAUUUCACCCUAUGAUGCACUUUGCUGUUAAUAAAUAAUCAGGUUUGGAGGGUGGAUUAUCAGUCAGGUUUGUGAUUAAAUGAUGGUUUAGAGAGAUGACAGGUGAAUGUUUCAAGGACAUCAUUUAGAUCCGUGCACACACACCCUGUGGUAAAAGGAGUCCCUCUAAAUAUGCUGCUGGGUUUGAGUAGCUACAGGAAUCCUCUGCACUGUGCCAACAUGGAGGUACACAUGAAUAUUCCCACUCAGUCUCUCACUCUUACUCACACCCUCACUCACACACAUAUUUUUAACAGACGUACAUGCUGUCUUGUUGCACAUGCGCACUCAGGCAGUGAGCAGGAGCAAGCACAGACGCACACACACACACACACUCACUCACGCACACACACACAUACACAUGCAUGCGCCUGCAGCCACACUGCCUGAUUAGCUUGCGAGAGCUGUCUACAGCAUCCAGGGAAAUGGCGCAAGAAGCAGAGCAUUGGAGGAGGAACGGCAGCCUAGAGCGGCAGGAUUAGACCUCUGGCAUUUUUGGACAGCUGAGGCAUGGAUUGACUUGGAGCGAGGGGGACUGGGCUGCAGCCUGACUGAGCGUGGAGUGACUGUGGGGUUGCUGGGAUCAGUGUGAAACGGCACAGGCGGGCUGAUGCACCGGUAGGACUGGGUCGGGCCUGUGGAUCCGUACCGUGGGGGAGGGGCAGUCGACGCAGGGAGAGGGGAGCCUGUUUUUCCAGACCACAACUCUGGUUUGAUUCUCCAGCCUGAUCGUCUGCUACAGGCCUGCUCGCAUCCCUCUCUGAUUCUUUCUCUCACUCCCCCCCUCAUCCUCUCCAUCCUGGUUUUUCUCUUGCUACCAUCAUCUGUUUCUACCUCCCCCCUUUUCCCGAUGUUCCAGCUGCCAUCCAAGCUCUCCAUUCCUCUAUCAUCCAGGUCUACGGUUAUCUGUCGGUCCUGUCAUCACCGUCACUCCAUCCCUCUCACCUCCAUCACUUAAAUUUUUUAUCACUGUUUGUCAAGCAGCUCCGCUCUACCACCAUCAUUCUCCUCUUACAUAUCUCCCACAUUUCCACCCGUCUCCUCCAUCAGGUCCUUCCUGUGCCCUUCAGACGGUCCCUCACUCCCCCCUGUUUCCCUCCAUCUUCCCUCUUUCGGCUUUCAUCCACUCUACCCUGCAGUGACUGUGCAUUUGGGUCAGUCUGCUCAACAAAUGGGAUAAGAUGUAGUCUCCACAGCAGCCGGAUCCAGGGGGGCUCCUGGUCUGCCUGUCAGGGGGACCCUCAUCUUCGGACACCAUUGAGGCUGGAGCCUGACUCUGGACUGACUGGGUGGCCUGUUUUGGGGUGCUGCAUGUAGGCAAGGACAGUCUUCAUCAGCAGCCCCUACCCUCACCCCCCUCCCCCUGUUCCUCCGUCCCCUCUCGGGGGAGCCGUCGCUCUGGAGUGUCCCAGCUUAACCGGUUGUGGCCUCUCCCCACACACCCUGACGACGCCCUCAUGCCACUGGGGCACCCGCAGCGUGUCCACCCCGCUCCACUACCGCACCUCCUGCCUGUGUCAUCGGCCCAAAACCCCUGUCACCCUAAACAUGGGUGUGGUGGAGGCCAUUGACCCUGCGCCAUCCCCCUGCCCCUCGCCCGUACCAGGGGGCUACAGGCUGCCCCGCUCCUCCAGCUACAGCCCCCUGCAGGGGAGGGCAGGGGCAGAGCUGGACCUUGGUGCGGCCGCUGGAGGGGUCCUGGAUGGGGGUGGGACGGCGGCAGAGCGCAGGACACCCUUUGUUGACCUGUUCUGUGAGACCUGCUCCAGGCCCUGGCUCAUCGGUUGGUGGGACCAGGUAGGACUCAGGGAGCCUGCAGGGGGGCUGUAAGGCCUGACGGAGGCCAUCUUGGAUAAAUGCUGUUUAUUCCUCAGUUGUUGCCAGUUUUCUCCACAUGCAUGUAUACAUCAAAAAUCCAUUUAUGUGCCUACUUGUUUAUUUACACCAAAAAUAGAGCAGAAGACUGGAGCCAGUGUGUGAAAUAUGUGUGUGAACAUGACACAUGAUGCAUUUAUGAGCUACACAAACUUAUUCAGGUGAUAAAAACAGAUUUUGUUGCUCAGACACUGGCUUAUUUAAGAGUGUGUGUUAUGAGACUAUGCCUGUAUAUACUGUGAUGUAUACAUACAUCCUUGAAGAGUUCGAGUGAUAAAGGUACAGAACUUAUUAACUCUGCUCCACGUUGCCGCAGCACUGUAAACAAAAAACAAUAACCCUCUCGUUCUUCGCCUUACUUUGUCUACAUUUCUGUCCUGAGAGAGCGCACCAAAGAGAUUAACAUAAAAAUAUUGCUUUUGCAGUUUGUUGAGAAGUAACCUUAGCUUUCUUCACUGCAGGUAUGUUGCAGUGUCACAUUAUGUCCAUUUCCAUCCUCCACACCUGCGUCCCACAUCCCACCAGCUCUCUCCUGUGCUACCCUGAGGCUGGCCUCAAUACAGACUCAAGGAAGCCAAGCGUAUAGUUGUUGAAGGACAAUGCCUAUUGUCCCAGGACUGAGUGGAUGUUUAUGUUUGUGUCUCAGGUGUGACACAUCCACAAGAGUGUGUUAGUUUUCUUAGAUUUUACAGGUUUGUUUUUAAUUUGUUCGUGAAAUUGUGUUGUUUACAUUUGGGUGCAUGAGUUGCUUUUUACUUUAUGCUUACUAAAUAACCUAAAAAACAGGUUAAAGUUCAGAGGAGGACCACAUUUAGUGUCUGAGUGUGUGAUAUUUUGCGCUACAUUGGUAUUAUUUGUUAUCCUGAGCAUAGAGGGAGGAAAGGUGUCCCCGUCCCUCACAUGUUCAGAUGUCGGCACGUGUGUUUAUGGUCAUGUCUUUGCAGUGUUAGCAUGUUUGCUUCAUUAGUCAGUGUUCAGGGGAGAGUGUUGUUUGUCCUGGCACCAUGGAAGUCUUGGUUGGCAGCUAUGACUCAGCUUUACAUUAUUAGGAGAGAAAGAAAGAGAGAUAAUUAGAGAAGAAGAGGCUUGGACUGAGCCCACCGUCUUAAGUGUGCCACUGGGCUUGGUUUGCUUUUGUGACUCUUGAUGGCUGAUUCUACCUCACUGACUCUAACAUGUUCUGUCAGAGCUCUUACAGGAUCUGCUUAUUCAGAGAUGAUUAAAAAAAAGGGUCAAAUGCUUAUAAAAGAGAGAUAACUUAGAGGAGAGGAGGAGUAGGUGGUGGGAAUGCAUGACACGUAUAAAAUGGCAGAAAGGCAUGACAGAGAGUUUGCCAGGGGAGGCUUUGAGGGCUGUAGCAGGGAGUGUUGUUUACCUCGGGAGAGAGGGAGGAGCAGAUUUUAGAGACAGAGAGAUGAGGAGAGGAAGAAAGCGCAGGAAGGGAGGGUUGACCUUGGUAAAGGUCAGAGACACCUGCCUACUCCCUCAGAUUGUCACCCAAGCAGCCACCGCUCUCACAUCAAGCUGAAGGACUGACUAUGAGGAGGCAGUUGCCACGGCAACCGCUCAGGUUGCCAUGGAGAUUGUUAUGUGUGAAAGAUCAGUCAGUAGGACACAGACUGAGGGUUUCUCGUCUGAAUCGCAUUGUACCUUUUUACAUGACUUGUGCAGCAGAUGGCUUCAGAGCCUCCGAACACGUUCAUUUAGAAUAAAAUCACAAAAGCCGAGAGAACGUUCAAGAACAGCGUUUUCUGUCUGCGGGGAUAAUGUAUUCACUUAAUCACAUUUGUGCCCGUCCUGCAAGGAAGGACCUGCAGACUGGCUGUUUAUAACUACCAUAUGAAGAUUUCAUGUCACUGCAGCUUUAACAUAAAUGAUCAAAAUGAAGGAGGAAGACAUUUUUCUAUUGAGCAGUAUGUUCUCAAAAAGAGGAGGAAUGAAUCAUGAUCGACUUUCUCAUCAUUCAGUAAACGAAGCCAGAUUGAGGGGGAUCAUCUUUUGGAUCAUUUUUGACUCAUAUGUAUGUUGUGUUGCUCUGCAUAAAAAAAAAAAAGAAAAAAGUUGAAUCUUAAUGUUCAUUACUCUGCAGGUCUCUAUGGAGAUUUUCACGUUUCUGCUUUGUAUCACGAAUUCACUCACCUUCUGUUUGUGUCUCCUCUCAGUUUAAGAGGAUGUUGAACCGGGAGCUGUCCCAUUUGUCAGAGAUGAGUCGCUCAGGGAACCAGGUGUCAGAAUACAUCUCCACUACUUUUCUAGGUAGAGCAAACCUAAUUAAUACAUAUUGCAAAUCCUUUCUAGUCUGGUAUUUUGAACCAGACUAGCUUUCAUCUUGACUGACCUCUGACUCUUGACCCCUCCAGACAAGCAGAACGAGGUGGAGAUCCCGUCUCCGACUUUAAGAGAACGGGAGAAGCCAAUGUGUCACAUCAGUGGUGUGAAGAAGCUCACGCACAGUUCCAGCCUUUCCAACUCCACCAUGCCUCGCUUUGGCGUGAAGACUGAACACGAGGAUUCUUUAGCCAGGGUGAAUAUGUCUUACAUUAUCUGUAAAGUUUGUGAUUGAAUGCUGCCUGAUCUGAGCUUGGACGCCUCCCCUGAAGAUGUAAAUAUUACUUUCAAACAAUAAAUGUUGCAACUGACCACCCAUUGCCAAAUAUAAUACAAGAACUUUAUUGAUCCCCAAAGGUAAUAUGUUAUAAAUAUGUUGUUUCCUUUAGAGGAGAAACCACUUCUUCCUUUGGCGAGACCCCAAAUAUAUGAGGAUAUAAAGCAUCCAACAAUUUAUAUUUUGGAUUCUGCAACACUGCCCUAAUAUUUCUCAAUUUCGAAUAAGUUUGAGCUGGAUUGUCUUACUAAUGUCUAUCAUUGUUGACUGCUGUGCCUCCAGGAGCUGAACGACUUGAACAAGUGGGGCCUUAAUAUCUUCCGUGUGGCAGAGUUCUCGAAUAAUCGACCCCUCAGCUGCAUAAUGUUUGCCAUCUUCCAGGUGAGAGACACGACUUCAAUCCAAAGACUAAUCUCUGUGUGUAAAAGUUAUGGGGGGACUUUCCAAAACAAAAAGUCUGGACUGUGCGUAAGAAUCCACUAUGGAGAAAGCACUUUGUAACAUAUGGAAAAAACUCCCAGCUGAACCAGACUGAGACUAGACAGCCAUCUGCGGUAGAGGAAGGUGCAGAAAGAGAGAUAGAAACCACUGGCUUUAACCAGUAAUUGAAUGUAUUAUUGCAUAAUUUAUUUAUGUCUCUGACCAUGAAGUACUGUCUCUGCCGCAGGAAAGAGAUCUACUAAAGACCUUUAGGAUCCCUGUGGAUACUUUCGUCACCUACGUGAUGACCCUGGAGGACCACUACCAUGCCAAUGUGGCCUACCACAAUAGCCUCCACGCUGCAGAUGUCACUCAGUCCACUCAUGUUCUGCUAUCAACACCGGCUCUAGAUGUAAAUACCUUGACUGGUCCGCCAAUCUCCACAUAUACAGACUUUAACAGAAACAAGGCUCUUCAGUGACAUUCAUCUACACCCUGUCAUCUCUCCUUUUUGUCUGUCAUUUCUCUCUGUAAGGCUGUGUUUACUGAUCUUGAGAUACUUGCUGCGUUGUUUGCUGCUGCCAUUCAUGAUGUGGACCACCCUGGAGUGUCAAACCAGUUCCUCAUAAACACCAGUGAGUCUUGUAAAAAAAAUUAAGAGACACACAAGGAUAAAUAAACUGCCCGGUCCAGAGCUUGUAAACAUUGUGGCCACACAUAUAAAUUAGUAAAGGGGUCAGUGUUUUGUCCUGCUUGUUAAAGACGCAGACAUAUGUGUGGACAGCUAAAGUAACAGGGAGAAGGGGAUUUGAUUUGAAAGCAAAAUAUGACUGAAAAAUCGAAGUUUGGUGGGAGCAUCCCUGUGCUGAUGGUGUGAUUUAUGUGUUUCCUUUAGACUCAGAGCUUGCCCUGAUGUAUAACGACGAGUCGGUGUUGGAGAACCAUCACCUCGCUGUGGGCUUCAAGCUGCUCCAUGAGGAUAACUGUGACAUCUUCCAGAACCUUAGCAAGAGGCAGAGACAGAGCCUGAGAAAGCUUGUUAUAGACAUGGUGAGUCCAGCUCUCGCUCUGUAUCACUAGAGGUUAAUUUACUUUCUCAGUACUUUUGAUUCAUGCCAUUAAAUCACAAUCUGAUGCAUUGAUAUCAAAUUUCUGUCCAGGUAUUGGCGACAGAUAUGUCUAAACACAUGAGUUUGCUGGCAGACCUCAAGACAAUGGUGGAAACCAAGAAAGUGACGAGUUCUGGAGUACUGCUGCUUGACCAUUACACUGAUCGGAUACAGGUAAGAAGAGACAGGAUGCACUGAGUUCGUUCACGGAGCUACAAAAACAGACUGCAGGUUGGUCUCAAAGGCCAAGCUUGAUGUAAACAUUGAGUUGAUAUAGAGCUGGCAGGGCAGGGUUGAAGGCUGAUUUAUACCACUGCAUCAAACUGAUGUCCUUCUGCAGCAUGUUGCUCUCAAGCCAAAGAGAUAUGGCCUUGUUAUAACUUACAUUAAAGACCUCCCCUUGGGGAAAAAAAAAAAAAAAACGUCAGGUCAUGGUGGUUAAACUGUGAUAAAGGACACACUCUGAUUGGUGUGUCUUGGCUGUUUUGCUGUGUUGUGUGCUGGGACUCUUGAUUGAUAUUUCAAGGUUGAUCCUGUAUUUUUUUAACCCUGGACCACAUAAGGUCAUAAACCCUCCUCCUCCGCCAUGUUAACAGAUGGAACAUGAGUCAAUAAAUUUGAAAUGCACAUCCAUUUUCUUUUCCAAACAUGCACUCUAUCAUUAAAGUGAGUUCUCAUCCUACUGAUUUAUGAUCACGUGUUCCUCGUCAAUAUUGGAUUUUUUCUCUCUCUGAUAUUUUCUUCCUAAUUUUUGCCAAUACUGAUAUUCACACUCCUUUUUACUCACUGUACAGAGCACCAAACCUCUCCUGUACUAGAUUAUAUCAAGCAGCAUUUGAUUUCACCUUAAAUGAUAAAUAAAUUCACUUUAAAACAGACAUUUAAAAAUAUGUUUGCUGCAUUUUUCCUCAGCCUUGUUGAGUGACUUAAGUUAAGACUGCCAGGGGAGGCUUUGAGGGCUGGAGCAGUGAGUGUUGUUUACCUCCGUAGAGAGGGAGGAGCAAGUUAAGGUUGCUUCUGGUUGGUUGUGUCAAAGGAGUGUUGUUUUGCUCAUCCUUGAAUCAUCUUUAAAAUGAUAGCAAAAAGCUAUUUUUCCAUUAGUGUGUCUGCAUCUGAAAGAUUUAUAUUGAGCCUCGUGUUGGUACUGUUGGCCCUGAAACCAUGUCUUGAUCCUAAAAAUCUUGUUUAAGUGAAAAAGCCAAAAUCCAGUGUAGUUAAAAGUAGAGAGUGGCUUCCUCUGUGUGCAUUUGAUUGCUAAGUUGGUGCAGCGACAUGAAACUACAGUAAACCUUAGCAUAGUUGUUUUAGCUAAGUGACUGUUGUGGUGAAAAGUUGUGAACAGCCUUCUGAAUUUGCUUACCAGUAGAAAAAGCUAGUUAUAGUUUUUGUUGUUUUUUUGUAAUACUUCACACAGUAAAUCCUUUGGGCCGCUUUAAAAUGAUUAACUUGUUUUUAACUCAUCAACAAAUUGAGCAAUACCGUUUAUUGGCCACUAAGAAUAGAAGCGAGCUAGUAGCUUGUGGCUUCGAAAUGCUGCCACUGUCAUUGUAUGCACACAUAACGUAUCUCCUCAUUGGCCGCAUAUAUCACUGUAAAUUCUCACAUCUGCAGACACUGAUAAUAAACUGUUAAAAAGUUGACUGGUUUACACACUAAUGUUGACCUGCAAUGUUACACAGCCAACAUUGAGAGAAGUUGUUGAGCACGUACACAAUAACGAAUUUUUCACAGCCAUUAGCGUCUGCUUCAGACAACACAGAAAUCUGUUCUACUGUGAGCUGUACCCACCUGAUGGAUGUUUGGCGUUUUAUUGGUUAAGUCAGGUUAGUGGGAGAGGUUUGGCAUCAGUCCUGCAGCUUUUCCAGCUAGAUCCUUGGCUUCACAUCUCACAAUGGGGGAAGUAGAGCAGCGUGGUGUUUUGUUUCGUAUACAGCCAGUUGUUUGAACUGUUGCAGUAUAGUGAUAGUUUGCUUCAGUCAGUUGCAGAAAAAGGACUUUGAUGGCCACAAUUGCCAAGAGUGUCUUGUAGCAACUUGAGAAGUAAAAAUCACUUUACCAUGAGGAGUCUUGUGAAAUGGAAGUCACAUUUGUGGAGUUUGUAAUUGGGGAGAGAAUAAUGGGAGUCAUGAAAAUAUAGAUCAGCCAUGUAGAUGUGAGACAAUGGGUAUCCCCUGUUAUCUGAGGAAGCCAUGGAGCUUGUUGAAACUGAAGAGAAGCGAAGUGAAAGAAAAGGGAAACAAGCCGCUGCAAAUCUUCAAAAUCUGGUUUUGAAGUGCUUCAUGGUUUUUUCUCACAGUGUGUUUUUUUGGUUGUGAGUAGCUGGACCUGUGUUACCUGGUAGUGCUGUCUGUGUGUUUUGAGAUGAGGGUUCAGAUGCUGAGCAAUGUGGCGUUAUCAAAUGAUACUAAGCGUUGCGAAACCAACAAACUGCACCACAGAAUCUCUUCCUACUGCAAGUUGCCUACCCACAAGAUUACGAGGGAUGGCCCAAUAAAAAAACUGCUGAGUGACCCCUUACUCUCUUCAGCUUGUCUGAGUUCACAAAACAGGAUUUUAGUCAGUAGCCCUGAAAUUGUGUCCCAAAACCUUGGUUUCAGCAGGGUUUUUGAUCUCCAAUCCUUCAAUGCAUGGGUUUCCUGCGUAUAUUUUGGUGUGCAAUGUUUGUAUGUUUUAGCCCAUCAAACAGAAAAUCAGAAAAGUAAGGUAAACAGUAGUUUGUGGAUGGUUAAGAUGUCUUUGCUUAGUCUCACUGACCUAAAUGUUUGUUACAAAACUUGGCUACCAGAGUGAAUCAAGUAUUUGAUGGGUGACAAAGGUGGUGUUCAUGAUUUUAUUCUCACGUAAAGCCGGACUUUGCAGAAAAGGGAAGCUGCUUUCAAAUGAUCUGCAUUUACUUUGAUGAGCAAUCGUGCAGAGAUUUAUAGAAGAUUUUACCAAAGUAUCAAAGAGUAGAAGAAAAAUGAUAGCAAAUGGUAUUACCCAUAAGAAAACACAAAUGAGAACUAUUUUAAGAAGCAAGAAAAGACAAGAAACCUGUGGUGCUUCCCUCAGAUCCUGCCAUCCCACAUGAAAAGAGGAUGUAGGGCAGAGCAGGUCCAAAAAUGAUGCAGUUUCCUUUGAGUCAUUGAUACCAAUAUAACACCAAGUCGAGGCAUUUCCUAAAAACUAGAGAGGACAGCAAAAAAGUUAUGUUGCAUGCAGACCUCAUCAGCAUAUUAAAGGGAUAUUCUGGCGUAAAAAGUCAAACACACUGUAACACCGAGUAACACUGUAACACUCUAUAGCCACAAAUAAUUCUAAGAACAGCACCUAACUUCAUCAACAGUACAUACAGGGUCCUAGCUAUAGCACUAGCCAUCAAACAUCUUUUUAGCUUUGCCUUAUUUCUUUAGCAAAGAGACUAAACACAACUCACCCACUCUCCUCUAACUCACCUACUCUCUUCUAACAGCCGCUUGUUUGUACGGAGACCUCCAGGCGAGUCCAUCGACUGCAGCGGGGCGACGCAGCUCAAGGAAGAACAUUUAUGAUCAUUACUUUAUCAUUUUCUUGAAGUAAUAAUCAUCAUAUCAAGCAUCUUGCACUGCAGACGUGGUAGUUCUUCUGCCUUAGCUUCUCGGUCUGAUUGCAUUUCCAUGAAGAAAUGAUCAUGAAUGUUCUUCCUUGAGCUGCGUCACCCCGCUGCAGUCGAUGGACUCGCCCGGAGGUCUAGCUACAAACAAGCGUUCGUUAAUAAAAUUGGUAGAACUAGAGAAGCAAGUGGUUGGCAACAUUCAUCUCUUGAGGGGGUGUCUAACUCGGUGUUACAGUGUGUUUGACCCUAACUUAAUUUUACGCCGGAAUAUCCCUUUAAUGUCCCACUACUGGCGUACAGGCUAUGUGUAAAGUCAGACUAACUGGUUCAGACCUCAAUGUUCUUGCAAGCAGCCCUUCCAGGACAUAUCCAGAUGGAGAACAUUUGAAUAUGUGAAAUGGGCUUCAGAAUUCAACAUCAGUAAUGAUACUGGCAAUUGUCAUUAUAUUGUGUGACCCCUGAUUAUGUGUCUGUGCAGGUAUUGAGGAACAUGGUGCACUGUGCUGACCUGAGCAAUCCUACGAAACCCCUGGCCGUGUACCGACAAUGGACGGAGAGAAUCAUGGAGGAAUUCUUCAGGCAGGGAGAUAAGGAGCGAGAGCGAGGGAUGGAGAUCAGCCCCAUGUGCGAUAAACACACUGCAUCCGUGGAAAAAAGCCAGGUAAAUGAGCAGCUCUGGUGCCGUAGGUGGGGUGAUAAUGACAUUGCAGAGAGUGAUCCGACAUCUCUGAUCACAGCAGUCAUCCUUGUACAUUUUUAAUGCUAAUUAUGUGGGGGGGUGAGAUGACACUACUGUGCUUGCUCAUAUGAAGUCAAUCAUGCUGUUUUUUUGGAUGCAGGUGGGCUUUAUCGACUACAUCGUCCACCCGCUGUGGGAGACAUGGGGGGAUCUUGUGCACCCUGACGCCCAGGACAUCUUGGACACAUUAGAGGACAACAGGGACUGGUACCAGAGCACUAUUCCUCAGAGCCCCUCGCCUCCUCCUGUAGGCCAGGAUAAGGAGCUAAUUGACAAGUUCCAGUUUGAGCUCACCCUCGAAGACAGCUCUCCGAGAGAGCAGGAAGACGAGGGCGACAAGCCAACGCUGAACCACGUGGCGCAAGACUGCAGUCAAGGGGAGGAAGAGGAGGGUAAAAAAGAGGAAGAAGAAGACACAAUGGCAGAGGAGGAAAACGAGGACAUAAUAGAGGAGGAAGAAGAGGUGGCAAUGGAGGAAGAGGAGGUGGAGGAAGGUCAGGAGGAGGAGCUGAAAAGUCAUUUGGAAGUAAGAUCCGAAAAGGAGAGACUUUCUGACACAAGUCCUGUAGAGGAAGAGGAAGAUUCUUCUUCACAAGCUGAAGAUACAUGAGUUUGGCUCCUGUAUCUCCCUCUUCACUUGCACACAUUAUCUUGUUCAUCCUUUCAAUGGCCAAACCAAGAACAAAUAAGACUGCAAAGGACAAUGCAGACCUUUAAAUAUAUUUUUCAAAAAGGGAAUAAAUUAAAAUCGCUCAAAGAGAAGGUAAUUACACAGCAACUGUAGAUUUGGAGUGGGGACAAGCUCUUUGACUGAUUACACAGUGAACUUUAGACCAAGAGGAAUUUAGGAGAGAAUUAAAGAUGGGCAACUGAAGACAGCGUAGCACUCUGGGACUGGGAUGCACACACAUAAACACGCAUCAAGUGUCACACAACACAAUCACACAAGAACACAUGGUAGGGUAAGUCAUACAGGAUACAAUAAUCAGAUGUGUGUAACCAAACGCCUCAGCCAUGCUUUAUAAUUGGACAACUCUAUUUUGCAAUUUUGCAGACACACACACAGUCACACACUCACACAACCACUUGACUUAACGUUUGUAUGUGUGCAUUAACAAGAGGGCCAUUGGUCAUGUAUGGAAUCUCUCUGGAAAAAGCCAUCUCUCAAUGGAGUAUUAACUAGUGUUCAGUCAGUAUUAGUAAUUCAUGUUUGUUAGAACCUCAACAGAAACUCUUCUCCUCAGAAAAGCUACACGUCCGAGUGACUUUUUUUUUCCAUUUCUGUCGGAAAGAAAAAUACGAAUAUCCAGAGUUGGUGGAGGAGUAAGUCAGAUUUCAAAAGGAGACAAGGAUGAUGUGAUGAGGGGGCCACUUGGUCCCACCCCCCUUUUCCCUUUACGAGGAGAGUGCUACUGGUGCAAGAUGGCUCUGUGCCUUUCUGAAACACCAGCUUCCUGAAUGGAGCUGUAGUGAAGCAAUGCAUUGUGGGACGGGAGUGUCUGAUUUUGUUAUCAUUUCUGAUUGUCUCUUGUUAAUGAUUUCUUUGCUGUCCAUGAUAUUGUGGUGUGUAUUUCACACGUACAGUCCCUGUGGUGAUAUGUUUUAAGCUGUAAGUCUUCCUUUGUUGCUCUUCUGGUAAUAUAAUAACUCAGAACUCUAGAUGCAGAGCAAUCACUACUCGCCAACACAACCACCAGUGGACUCUUUUUCAGCUUUUGUUCUUUCUUAUUAGAAUGAUUUUUUUAAACUUUCAGAGAAUAAGCCAUGUGAUGCUUUGAAGCAUGUUUUUGCCUAUUUUCUAUUUGCUAAAUAUCUUGAAGGGAUACUGAUUUAUUUCAUCAGCAGAACAAAUUCUCACUUGCCAUCUCACACCUUCUUGCACUGUGUGUUUAUGUCUGCUCAUACACAACAAUUCUCGCCAAAGUUAAGGAUGAGAAACCGUGGAAAAGGUCGACCGUGAUUUGAGGGAGCUCAGAAGAAUAAGAAUAUCAGGGAAGCAGAAUGUCAGGGGAUCGCAGUGAGACUUGGCCAAAAGGGGGUCUGGCAGUCCCUUAUCAUCCUUGUUAUGUUUGAUGCUUUUUUGCCUUAAUGUGAGAUGCAGGAAACAUACCUGCCAGUAUGUAGAUUUAUAAGAUAUAUAAUAGAUAUCCUAGUAUAUUUAUAUCACGUCCGUAUGCUUAUUUCUGUGAGUAUCAGUGUGUCUGUACACAAUGUAUCCAGCAUUGCAUUUGGAGGACAAAUGGAAACAUUGCUGCCAAUAAGUUAAGUUGUUGCUUUGCUGAGACCAACAUAAAGAAUGUGUUGUUUUUUAAUCACACAAAUCAUAAAAUGACUAUCUUCUAGCUACCUGGAGACAUGCAGCGGAAAUGAAGAGUUUAGAUUUUGCAGGAGAUGAGAAUAAAUACAGCUGUCUUCUGUUUAAAUAUGACCGGGCAGUGAUCUACUAACACGGUGGAGUUGAUGCAUCUAUGUUUUUGUUCGCUUAUCGUGUGGUCAAGAGUAAUCGAUUGAAUAACCAAAAAAAAAAAAAAGUGAGAGAGAGCAGGAUGCUAAAGAUGUUGUUGUACGUGUCAUUGUUCCCUCACUGGUAUCACUGCAUCUUGUUGAAUGGCGUUCAGGAUUUGAUUAGCACAGCUUAAACAGGUCACAGUUUGUUUAGGUGUUAAGGGUAAAAAAAUAUAUAUAUCAUGAAUUAUAAAAACAUGGGUGUGGUUGUUUUGAAGGUAAGAGCGAGUUUCUGCAGGUCAGUAACUGUGUUUAUCUGAAGACACCACAGCUCGGUGCAACAGAAGCCUGUGUGUUUGACCUGCUCCAUUGCAGGAUGGAGCAGAGCUGCGGGGCCACCACACAGGCUUUUAUAUCAGUAAUGGGAAUUCAGGACUACUAUUGCAGUUACUUCGAUAAAAGAUUCCCAUAUGCAUUGGCCUUUUACUUUAAUGUUGUUGCUUUGUUUUUGUGGCUUUGUGUUAUAUCAUAAGCUAUAAAAACAUUACUAUUUAAUUGCCAUACAAACACAAUACUGUAGCAAUUAUUUCUUAAUAAGAAAAUUAUUCAACUGAUUGAUUGCUGCCAUUGUUUUUAAAUGAUGAAAAGAAAACCAUGGUAAGUGUUUUCUUUGAACAGUUUGUGUACAGUUUAUUUUUAUAUCAUUCUGGUGGAUGGUCUGGAAAAUAAAUCAAGUAUUGAUGAUAUAGCUAUAAGCAUUACCACUGUUGUAUAUAAUGUAAUAUUGGAUUGUAAAUUAUAAAUUUAUCCAAGUCAAAAUGAUUUGACAGAUAACCACUUAUGGUUGUUCAGUGAACCACAGGAGCACUGCAGGCCACAACCCCACCUUUUUACUUCUCUGAUUAUGUUUCCAGUCACUUGUGCAAACAUCCUGUCACUAUUUUAAGUGUCCACCUUUAUUGUUAAGAUCAGAUAUAUAUUUGUACCAGCACUUUAUUUCAUCAGGUCUUGUGGCAGACAGUGAUUUUCAGGUAGUGUGCGGUCUCUGCUGGUGGUUUGGUCAUUUGCAGCUACCAGUUGAUUAGAUUUCAUUCAUUUUGUCAAAUCAUCAUGCAGUAGUCAUUGUUGACCUCUUGUCUAGAGGAAGAGACAAAAAUAAAAACAUUCUCGAUUAAUAGUCCAUGUGAGAUUAAACUUAUUUGAGUGUGUAAGCCGAUGAAGUCACAUUAAAUGUGACAGGUUCAAAAGAAAUUUGUGUCCUUAUCCAACUUGGCCAUUUCUGAUUCUAUCACCACCUCUUUUUCUUAGUAACUUUAAAUCACUAGCCUGAUAGCCUAAAUGUCCGUCCAGUGGUGACCAAACUAGCUGGUUACCAUCGGGUUGCAGUCAAAGUUAUUUUGUCGCAGACUGAUUCCCUCUGUGAAUAACUCUCUGGGCUUUAAUACGUGUUUGUUCACGAGUAAGAAAGAUUAUACAAGGGGAAAAAAACAAAAUGAAAUGAUUGUAAUAUUUGUAAAUGAUCUUGCUGUAAUGUGUAAAAUGUGUCCAAGUUAUUUUUUAUUAUAUUAUUUUUAUGAAAGUUUCCCUUAACAGAGCUGAGGUGUCAUUUUGUGAAUAAAUGCAUUUAAUAAGCAAACAUCUAUAUAUAAAACAAUAUUAUAGUAUAUCGGUAUAUUUUUCUUUUAUUUCACUGUUCGGUACUGUAAAGUGUGUUAAAAAUACAAAUAAAGUAAGAUUUUUAUAUUAAAUACA